UUGGAUUUUCUGGAAAGCGAAAUCUUUGAAGAUUUUCUUUCCACUUAACACUAGUGUCUUAAGAUCAAACACCAUUUGCUUUAAACAUCAACAGCAGACAGAGUCUCUGACUUUAGUGUGUGUGAAGUCUGAGGCGAAUCUGUACAGAAGAAGAAAAAAUACACAGCCUAACAAAUUGAAUUUGGGCACUAAAGAAGAAGAAGAAGAAGGAAAAAAUCAGAGUGUGUGAAGUCGAAAAAAGAAGAAACAAAAUUUCCAAGUGAAAGUUUGCUUUGGUUUGCUUCAGCUUCCACCAAAUAAACCUAGAGCUGGAAAUUAUCUAAACAACGAAAAAAAAAAUUUUUUUUUAAUUUUCCUCCAUCUGAUUUUAGUUGAAAAUAUUAACAACACCAACAACAACUACUACUACUAUAACAGCAAUAACAACAGUAAAAAAAAGAGAUCAUUGAAAAGUGUUGAAUAAAAUAAAAUUGGAAAAAAAGAAUUGAGAGUUUAAAAUUGGCAAAAUAGUGUUUGUUUGUAAAACAGCCAACACAAAAAAAGGAAAAACGCUCCCGCUAACAACACAUCAAUUGUGGAUUCUUUCUUGUGUUUUGUGUGGCUGAACAAGCUGGCAAAAGCAUGUACUAAUUUUGGAUUAUUUUUGUUAAAAGAAAAUGCAAAAAUGAAAAUAUUUUUGCCACUAGUCACGUGGAUAGUGCUACUACUCUCGAGUACGGUACAUUCACAACUACAACAAACACAAUAUUUUACACAAACACAAUUAUCGCCAUUUAAAACAAAUUUAAAAAAUAGUCGAUUUCGCAACGAAGUAUUUUUUAUAAAUUUGGAAGAUGGCUACUUUGGCUGCCAAGUAAAUGCGUCCAGCGACUAUUUACAGCUAUACGAACUAUCGAAAUUAUGCGACGGAGCCCAAGACUGCUAUCUGGGCUCCGAUGAGCUGAGCAAAGAGCUCAAAUGCACAAAUGACUGUGAUAAAGAUGGCACUACGUGCACAAACGGUGUGUGUUUGAAUGGUGUUUGCCAUUGCAACGAUGGCUGGGGUGGUUGCAACUGUAACGACCAAGAUGAAAACGAGUGCAAAUCACGUCCCUGUGAUGUAUUUGCCCACUGUACGAAUACACUCGGCAGUUAUACGUGUACCUGUUUUCCAGGCUAUCGUGGCGAUGGUCAUCGUUGUGAAGAUAUCGAUGAGUGUCAAGAUCCACAAAUAGCAGCACGUUGCGUUGAAAAUGCCGAAUGUUGCAAUUUACCCGCACACUUUUUGUGUAAAUGCAAAGAUGGCUUUGAAGGUGAUGGUGAAGUAUUAUGUACAGAUAUUGAUGAGUGCCAAAAUCCAAAUGCUUGCGGUCAUAAUGCUCAUUGCAUUAAUUUGCCCGGCAACUAUACAUGUACCUGCCCCGAGGGCUACUAUGGCAAUCCCUACGAUGGUUGUCUCGACAUCGAUGAGUGUGCCCAACCUAAUGUCUGUGGGCCCGGCGCCAUUUGCACUAAUCUGGAGGGCAGUUAUCGCUGCGACUGUCCUGCAGGUUAUGAUGGCGACGGCCGCUCAGAAGCUGGUUGCAUUGACUUUGACGAAUGUGCCCGCUCGCCAUGUGGCCGCAACGCCCAAUGCCAAAACACAGAUGGUAGCUUCAAAUGCCUGUGUCCCGAUGGCUACUCGGGCGACCCCAUGAAUGGCUGUGAAGAUGUCGACGAAUGCUCCAUUAACAAUCCAUGUGGUUUGGGUGCUGAAUGCGUGAACAUGGGCGGUAGUUUUAUAUGUCGUUGUCCGCCGGGUUUUCAACUCGAGGAUUAUGGCUUUUCGCAUCAACGCAAUAGUACUACAGCAACAAUAACGCCAACACAAACACCAACAGCUGGCAUAGCAACAUCAACAGCUUGGGGCCGAACUGGUGCCGGUAUGGCUUGCAUAGAUGUCGAUGAAUGUAAUCCCGAUAAUGGCCUUGCUAAAUGUGGCACCAAUGCCAAAUGCAUUAAUUUUCCUGGUUCAUAUCGUUGCUUAUGUCCUAGCGGUUUUCAAGGCCAGGGUUAUUUGCAUUGUGAAAAUAUCAAUGAGUGUCAAGACAAUCCCUGUGGCGAAAAUGCCAUGUGCACCGACACAAUCGGCAGUUUUGUUUGUUCCUGUAAGCCAGACUUUACUGGCGACCCCUUCCGCGGUUGCACUGACAUCGACGAGUGUUCGACCAUGGAGAAACCCUGCGGCCAUCAUGCCAUCUGCGAAAAUAAACAACCCGGAUACGAGUGUAGAUGUCCCCAAGGAUUUGCUGGUAAACCUGACGCCAAGACGGCUUGCGAGCAGGUUGAUGUCAAUAUUCAGUGUUCGACGAACUUUGAUUGCACCAACAAUGCCGAAUGCAUCGAAAAUCAAUGCUUCUGUUUGGAUGGUUUCGAACCUCUAGGUUCUAGCUGUGUGGACAUCGAUGAAUGCCGAACUCAUGCUGGCAUAUGUGGCGAUCAUGCCCAAUGUUCGAAUACGCCCGGCUCCUACCGAUGCGAUUGCGAAGCAGGUUAUGUGGGUACUCCACCGCGUGUGCAAUGCAAGGAACCCUGUGCCGAUGUACAUUGCGGAGAACAUGCCUAUUGCAAACCCGACGGCAAUGAAGCCUAUUGCAUCUGCGAAGAAGGCUGGACCUUCAAUCCCAGCGAUGUUUCUGCUGGUUGUGUGGACAUCGAUGAAUGUGAUUCGGUACAUGGUGCGUUUGGAAGUUGUGGCACAAAUGCCACCUGCACCAAUACCCUGGGAAGUUUUUCAUGCUCGUGUCCUUCAGGCUUCUCGGGAGAUCCUCAUACCAAGUGUGUGGAUGUCGAUGAGUGCCGCACAGGCAAUAAGUGUGGCGAAGGGGCCGAAUGUGUAAACAUGAAUGGUGGAUUCACUUGCAGAUGUCCCGAAGACUCCAUACCUGAUCCUGAUCCAACAGUGAGAUGUGUUCCCAUUGUGACUUGCUCACAGGACAACGAUUGUCCCGGCAAUGCCAUAUGCGAUGCCGCCAAGAGAUGUCUGUGUCCAGAGCCCAAUGUGGGCAACGAUUGUCGCCAUCCCUGCGAAUUCAAGAACUGUGGAGCCCAUGCCCAGUGCAUGCUGGCCAACGGCCAGGCCCAGUGUUUGUGUGCCGAAGGCUUCACGGGAAGUCCAGAUAUGCCCGGUGGCUGCAACGACAUCGACGAAUGCAAGGCCAAUCCUUGUGCCACAAAUGCUAUAUGCACCAACACGCCCGGAGGCUACUUAUGUCAAUGUCCCUCUGGUGCCUCAGGAGAUGCCUACCGCGAAGGUUGCGCCACUACUCGAGCUCCACCAUCUUGUUCCGAUGCCAAUCCUUGUGCUCCCGGCGAAUCUUGCGUUGCCGAUAGUUACACAGGCACCAGUGUGUGCAUAUGUCGUCAAGGUUAUGAAAGAAAUCCAGCCACCGGCCAAUGUCAAGAUGUCGAUGAAUGCUCAGCCAGCCGCGCCAAACCUGCUUGCGGUAUUAAUGCCCUAUGCAAGAAUUUGCCUGGAAGUUACGAGUGUCGCUGUGCCCAAGGCUUCAAUGGCAAUCCCUUCGUUAUGUGCGAACAAUGUGACUCACCUGAAUGCCAAUGCCAGCCUCCUUUCAAGCUGGUGGGAAGUAGUUGUAUUCUGUCCGGUUGCUCCAGUGGUGAAAAAUGUCCAAAUGGAGCCGAGUGCAUUUCAAUUGCCGGAGGCGUUAGCUACUGUGCCUGUCCCAAGGGUUACAAAACUCUCUCCGAUGGCUCGUGCGUGGAUGUCGAUGAAUGCUCAGAGCAGAGCAAUCGCGUUUGUGCCUACGGAGCUGAGUGUAUCAAUAAGCCGGGAUCAUUCUCUUGCGUUUGUCCAGAUGGUUACAAUGGCGAUGCCUAUAAUGGCCAAUGUGCUCCAGCUCAGCGAAAAUGUGCCGCCGACAAGGAGUGUAACACCAACGAAAAAUGUGUGCAGCCCGGCGAAUGUGUCUGCCCACCACCCUUCUUCCUCGAUCCCUACGACAAUAACAAAUGUAAGAGUCCUUGCGAACGCUUCCCUUGCGGCAUCAAUGCCAAAUGUACUCCCAGCGAUCCUCCGCAGUGUAUGUGUGAGGUGGGCUACAAGGGAGAUCCCCUUUUGGGUUGCACGGAUGAAGAUGAAUGCGCCCACUUGCCCUGUGCCUAUGGGGCCUAUUGUGUCAACAAAAAGGGCGGCUAUCAAUGCGUUUGUCCCAAGGGCUUCACCGGCGAUGCCUACAAAAGUGGUUGUAUCUUGGAAUCUGAUGACGGCCCCAAGAGCAUUUGUGUCACCAACGAUGAUUGUGCCAGCAACUUGGCGUGUAUGCAAGGCACUUGCAUUAGCCCUUGCGCCAGCCUCCUGUGCGGUUCCAAUGCAUUUUGCGAAACUGAAAACCAUGCUGGCUGGUGUCGAUGCCGCGUGGGCUUCGUCAAGGAUGACAAUGGCGAAUGUGUUUCACAAUGCAAAGACAUUAUAUGCGGAGAAGGUGCCCUUUGUAUACCAACGUCGGAGGGACCCACCUGCAAGUGUCCUCAGGGCUAUUUGGGUAAUCCCUUCCCUGGUGGCUCUUGUUCGACAGAUCAGUGUUCGGCCUCGCGUCCCUGUAAUGAACGCCAAAUUUGUAUAAAUGGUCGCUGCAAGGAGAGAUGUGAUGGAGUUGUCUGCGGUGUCGGAGCCAUGUGCGAUAAGUCGAGUGGCAAAUGCGUCUGCGAACCCAACUUCAUUGGCAAUCCCGAUCUGAUUUGUAUGCCUCCCAUUAAGUAUGCCGAGUGCGAUCCACCGUGUGGACUCAAUGCCCAUUGUGCCUAUGGCUUUGGCAGUGCUGAAUGUGCUUGUAAUGUUGGCACCACUGGCAACCCCUACGAAGGUUGUGGAGCUCAAAGCAAAACCGCUUGCGAACCCAACAGCUGUGGACCCAAUGCCGAGUGCAGGGCUCAUGCGAAUGGCAUUACCUGCGUGUGUCCUCAAGGAUUUGCCGGAAAUGCCUAUGUUGGCUGCCAUGACAUCGAUGAGUGUAUGAAUAAACCUUGCGGUCUUAAUGCUGCCUGCUUGAAUACCCAUGGCGGCUAUGAAUGUCUCUGCUUGUCUGGAUUCGGUGGAGAUCCCUUCACCAGCUGCCAACCCGUUGACAAUGAGUUCUGCAGCGAUCCCAAUAAGUGUAAAUGUAAUGAGAGAGUCUACUGUCCCGAUGGCUAUUCGUGCGAGGCAGGAAAAUGCAAAGACCUCUGCUCGAAAACUUCCUGCGGUCCCAGAGCCGUAUGCGAUGGUGGCAAAUGCCUAUGCCCCUUGGGCUACCUUGGAGAUCCCAAUGACAAGGAAGCUGGCUGUACCAUUCGAGGACAGUGCAACAAUGAUGGCGAUUGUAAAAAUUCCGAAAUUUGCUUCCAGCUUAGCAAAGGUUUGCGUAAAUGUGUCGAUGCCUGUUCCAAGAUUCAAUGUGGGCCCAAUGCCCUGUGUGUGGCCAAUGAUCACCGUUCGUCGUGCAUUUGCAGUGAUGGCUACUUUGGAGUGCCCAGCAAUUUGCAAACUGGAUGCCAGCCAGAGCGCAAGGUACCUGAAAUCGAAGACAAAUGUAAAUCAAAUAACGACUGCGAACUGGGCUAUACCUGCUCGGCAUUCAACGAAGGUGCCCCCAAAGAGUGCAUCCACAUGUGCUCCAAAGUGGUAUGUGGCACAAAUGAGGUAUGCAAAAUUGAUGCAAGUGGCAAUGCUAUAUGCGGCUGUGAUGACAGUUACGUCUGGAACCCUGUGGCCUCUAGUUGCGAAAAGCCCAGUCUGCCCGAUUGUACCUCGGACAAGGAGUGUCCUGCUGCCUCGGCCUGUCGUCCUGAUGUGGUGGGCGUUUUGAAAUGUGUCUCCAUUUGCGAUGAGUUCACUUGUCCUGCCAACUCAGUGUGUGUUGCCAAAAAUCAUCGCGGUAGAUGCGACUGUCUACAGGGUUUCGUGGGUAAUCCCAACGAUCGUAAUGGCUGCCAACCUGUACAGAAACACCAGUGCCGUUCCAAUGCCGAGUGUGCCGAGUCAGAGGCUUGUAUUAAACAUGGCCCCGAGGAGACCCUCGCUUGUAGACCUGCCUGCGAGGCCGUAAAGUGUGGGCCACGCGCCGUUUGCAUCACCAACAACCAUCAGGCGCAGUGUCAAUGUCCUCCUGGACCUUUUGCUGGCGACCCCUAUGAUCCGUUGCAGGGCUGCCAAAGUGUACCCUGUGUCUACAACAAGGACUGUCCCGUUCACCAAUUGUGUAACCGCAUGACCCACACCUGCUUCGACGUGUGUGAUCAGGAAUCAUGCGGACCAAAUGCCAUCUGUUUGGCCGAAGAUCAUCGGGCUGUGUGUCAAUGUCCAGCUGGCUAUAAGGCAAAUCCAAUUCCCGAAGUUGAAUGCACCAAAACAGGAGGAUGUACUCCAGGCACUUGCCAUCAAUCGGCCAUUUGUGAGGUGACUGCCGAAGGCCCCAUGUGCAAAUGCCCCGAACACUUUGUUGGAGAUCCCGUGCACCAAGGCUGUCGUCCCGAAGGCCAAUGUCCGAAUGGAGACGGUGACUGUCCCACGAAUACCAUCUGCAGUGGUGGUCGCUGUGUUAAUCCCUGUGUCAAUGCUUGUGGAGCCAAUGCCGAAUGCAAAGUUGUCAAUCGAAAGCCGGUUUGCUCAUGUCCCUUCCGCUUCCAGGCCAUUGGGGAGACAGCCAAAGAGGGUUGUGCCCGCUCGGUCUCCCAUUGCAGCACCGAUAUGGAUUGCGGUGGUGAGGUUUGUUACAAUGGAGAAUGCCGUAUUAUUUGCCGCGAAAACUCAGACUGUUCGUCGGGUGAAAAAUGUUUGCAGAAUGUCUGUGUGAUUCCAUGCGUCGACCACAGCCAGUGUUCCAGUGGAUUGGCAUGCCUGAAGGGUGUCUGCGCCAUUGGAUGUCGCAGCAACAAAGAUUGCCCUUCAGAUCGUUCGUGUAUCGAUAAUAAAUGCGCAGAUCCUUGUCAGACGGGUGGUGUUUGUGGACCCAAUGCUCUCUGCAAUAUCGACAAUCAACGUAGUCAUUGCUCCUGCCCCGAUGGAUUUGAGGGUAAUCCCACCCCCGAACAAGGUUGUGUCAGAGUGCCGGCGCCUUGCAUGGCCACCAAUCAAUGUCCCAGCGGCCAUAUGUGUAUUGGAAACCAGUGUAAUCUACCCUGUCAAAAGACUUCCGCCUGUGCCAUUGGAGAGCGUUGCUAUCAGCAGGUCUGCCGCAAAGUGUGCUACACCAGCAAUAAUUGUUUGCCAGGCGAGAUCUGUAACAAUGACGGCACCUGUCAACCCGGUUGUGAUUCCGACGCCGAUUGUCCUCCCACCGAAUUGUGUUUGGGCGGUAAGUGUAAGUGUGCCCAAGGCUUCAUUGGAACUCCCUUUGGGUGUUCGGAUAUCGAUGAGUGUACCGAGAACCCUUGCCAUGCCACAGCUAGAUGUGACAAUAUUCCCGGCUCCUACAAGUGUGUUUGUCCCGAAGGUACUGUGGGAGAUGCCUACGUGAAGGGUUGUGCCAAGCCUAAGGAAUGCUAUAAGAACGAAGAUUGCUCCACCGCCUUGGCCUGUAUCAGCGACAAAUGCUCGAAUCCCUGCUUGGCUACCACCUGUGGUCCAAAUGCCCUAUGCCAGGCAGAACAGCACCAAGCUCUAUGCGAAUGUCCUCCUGGGCAUUUGGGCGAUCCCUUUGACUCCUCAGUGGGUUGCUUCAAGGUCGAAUGUAUUACGGAUGAUGAUUGUGCCAGCGAUAGAGCUUGUGAUGAGGCCACGAAUCGUUGCAUCAAACCAUGCGACCUGAUUACUUGUGGCAAAGGCUCCUGCAAUGUGGCAGAACACAAGGCAUUGUGCUCAUGCUACGAAGGCUACCAUCUGGCCAAUGGCAUUUGUGAAGAUGUGGACGAGUGCUUGACUAGGCCAUGUCAUAAAUCGGCUUUCUGUCAGAACUUGCCCGGUUCGUUUGCCUGCCAAUGUCCCGAAGGUUUGAUUGGAGACCCAGUGCAUGCUGGUUGCCGUGAUCCCAACGAAUGUCUUACCGACUCCGAUUGUCCCCCAACAGCCAGCUGUCAAAACUCCCGCUGCCGUAGCCCCUGCGAACGUGAAAAUGCUUGUGGCGUAAAUGCCAAUUGUAUUGCCCAGUCGCAUAAUGCCGUCUGCACUUGUCCAGCCAACUCGCGUGGUGAUCCCUCGCUGGAAUGUGUCCACAUUGAGUGUUCAGAUAAUGAUGAUUGUGCCAGCGACAAGACCUGCUUGGAUUCGAAAUGCGUUGAUCCCUGCUCUUUGCCCAAUGCCUGCGGCUCGCAAGCUAGUUGCACAGCCCAGAACCAUAUUGGUUUGUGUACUUGCGAGAAGGGCACCACCGGCAACCCUCAACUGGGCUGUGUCCCCUUGCAGUAUUGCAAUGCCGAUGCCCAAUGUGCUGCCGGAAGCAUUUGCUCCAACGGUCUAUGCUCUUCACUGUGUUCCUCUAAUCGCGAUUGUAUUGCCGACCAACUGUGCAUACAGGGUGUAUGUCAGCCCACUUGUAAAUCGAAUACCACUUGCCCUGAAUUCCAGUUCUGUUUGAACAACAUUUGCACCAAGGAGGUGCUGUGCAAGGUCGAUCAAGAUUGUGCCAGCAACGAGAUAUGCAUCGUGGACGAUUAUGGCAGGGCCAGUUGUGAAAAUGUCUGCCUUGGUCGUGCCGUUUGCGGACGCAAUGCUGAAUGUCUGGCCCGCAGUCAUGCUGCCGAUUGCGAAUGCAAAGAAGGAUUCUUCGGCGAUCCCAAAUCGGGUUGCCGCAAAGUCGAAUGUACCUCGGAUAACGAUUGCUCCAGCGACAAAACUUGCGAUGGCCAUAUGUGCAAAAUCGCCUGCCUCAUUGGCCAGCCGUGUGGUGAGAAUGCGGUGUGCACCACCGAAAAUCACAAACAAGUCUGCCAUUGCCAGCCCGGAUUCACCGGGGACCCCAAAUUGGGUUGCGAUGUCAUUGAUUUCUGUAAGGACGCCCCCUGUGGGCCCGGCGCCCGUUGCCGCAAUUCAAGAGGUUCCUACAAAUGCACCUGUCCCGCAGGUUUGGUUGGCGAUCCCUACAACGAGGGUUGCCGCACCUCAGUGGAAUGUGAGACCAACGAAGAUUGCCCACCGCAUGCUGAGUGCACGAAAACAAACGGGGUUCCCAAAUGUCAUGAUGUAUGCGCCAAGGUACGUUGUGGCCUCAAUGCGGAAUGUAUUCCGAAGGGUCACAAGGCGCAGUGUGCAUGUCGCAAUGGUUAUGAUGGCAAUCCCGCCGACCGGGUCAAUGGUUGUAAGCCAUUGCCAAUGCCAUGCCAAGUCACCGGUGAUUGUCCGAUCAAUUCCUAUUGCUCGGAGAGUAUAUGCAAACCUGCUUGCGUUUUGGACACCGAGUGUUCUGGAAAUGAGGUAUGCCAAGGUGGCCAAUGCAUUAAUCCUUGCUCUCAACCUCAAGCUUGUGGCAUGAAUGCUUUGUGUGCCAUUGACAGCCACUUCAAGCAGUGUUCAUGCCCUGCUGGCUUCACCGGAAAUCCUGAUGUGGAAUGUGUGCGCAUACCAAUUGCCUGCAGCACAGAUCUGGAAUGUGGUCAAGGCUACAAUUGUCGCGAUGGCAUGUGCUUCCCACACUGCGGCAACGAUCAGGAGUGUGCCUUGAAUGAGAAAUGUCUGAAAGGAAUUUGCAUGUUGACUUGCCGCGUUGACAAUGACUGCUUCCUGGGUCAUGUGUGUCUUCACAACAAAUGCGUCUUUGGCUGUCAUACCGAUGAUGAUUGCAGUGCCUCCGAAUCUUGCCGCAAUGACAAGUGUAUACAUCCCUGUUCGGAGAAUCCUUGCGGUCCCAAUGCCGCCUGCUCCGUCUCGAACCAUCGUGCCACCUGCAGUUGUUUGGACGGCAUGGUACCCAGUCCCACGGCCCAGGUGGGUUGUGUGCGUUCUCCACCCCAGGAGUGUGCUGAAAAUCGUGAUUGCUCAAAUGGUUUGGCCUGCUUUGAAGGUGUCUGCCGUCCCCUGUGCGCCGAUGAUUCGGGUUGUCUAUCCAAUGAACGUUGCCAAAAUGGCGUUUGCAAACCCCUAUGCCGUCGUGAUGAUGAUUGUCGCAAUAGCGAGGUUUGCUUGGGCCUAUCUUGUGUGGCCGGCUGUCGUGCCGAUCAAGGCUGUCCCGAUCACCUCUCCUGUGUCAAUCAACAGUGUGUGGAUCCUUGCGCCGACGCUCGCGCCUGUGGCACCAAUUCCCUAUGUAAUGUGCUCAACCAUCAAAAGGCCUGUUCCUGUCCCGAGGGCUUGGUGGGCAAUCCUGAGGUUUCCUGCAAGCCACCCAUCACAAUUUGUUCCUCCAACGCAGACUGCCAGGCGAAUCAGCUUUGCUAUGGUGGCAGCUGUCAAAGCAAAUGCCGCAAUGAUCAAAACUGUUUGGCUGAUGAGAAGUGUAUGCGCGGCUCUUGUCGCACCGUUUGUAAUACCGACUCGGCCUGUGCCCAAGGUCAGAUAUGUGAAAAUCGCAUCUGCCAAAUUGGCUGCCGCAAUGAUUUGACCUGUGGCCAAGACCAAGCCUGCAUCAAUAAGCAGUGUAAAAAUCCCUGCGAUACUCCUGGACAGUGUGGUCAGUGUGCCAAUUGUCUGGUGGUCAACCAUGGCGUCCAAUGCAGUUGUCCCAAUGGCUUUUUGGGUGAUGGUCUUACCGGCUGCCAAAUGCCACCCCAAAGAUGCAAUCCUUCCUGCCAAUGCGAUGAAAGUAAUACCUACUGUGCCGAACCAUGCUCCCGCAACACCGACUGCGACUGUGGUCAAAUGUGCAUGCGCGGCAAGUGUCGUUCCAAGUGUGGCGCCAACAAGUCAUGUCCCCUCGGUCAGCUGUGUGAGAGGGGAGCCUGUGUUGCCGGCUGCAAAAGCAACAAUGAUUGUGCCACCGACCAGUCUUGCAUUAAGGGUCAAUGUAGUGAUCCCUGCGCCAAUAAGAAAUCCUGCGGUCGCAAUGCCUUAUGUACCGUUUCGGAACAUCGCAUGCUCUGCUAUUGUCCCGAUGGCUAUGAGGGUGAACCCAGCAAGGAGUGCAUUCAGUUCGAGUGUCAACAAGACGAUGACUGUGAGGCCAAUAAACGUUGCGACAAAGGCAAAUGUCGCAAUCCCUGCCUGGAGUUUGGAGCCUGCGGCGUUAAUGCACAAUGCCGUGUGGUUGACCGUCGUCCCCAAUGUUCUUGCCCACCAGACUUCUUUGGUGAUGCUGCCACAGAGUGCCAACCGUUGGAGGGUGGCUGCGACAAUAAUCCUUGUGGCGAAAAUUCACGUUGUCACGAAGUUCCCGGAGGCUAUGAGUGCUCUUGCAUGGAAGGUUGUGUGGGAGAUGCCAAGAAGGGCUGCCUAUGCGAUGGAAAUAUUGUUGAUGUCUGCAAUCAUCAGGUGUGUGGUUUGAAUGCGGCCUGCAGAGUAUUGCCACAUGAUGAAGCUCAAUGCUAUUGUCCCGAUGAAUAUCCCAAUGGUGAUCCUUAUGUGCAAUGCUAUUUAACUCAACCACCCAAAAAUUGUCUCACCGAAGGAUGUGCCUCGGGUGAAUGUGUGCGACAGGGCUAUGAUUAUGUCUGCAAGCAGGACACCGAAAAAUGUUCUAAGGAUACGGAUUGCCCCAGUGAGAAAACUUGCCAGCAGGGACAUUGCAUAGAUCCUUGCACUUUACGCGGUGCCUGCGGGGCCAAUGCAUUGUGCAAAACCGUAUUGCAUAGACCACGUUGCUCCUGCCCCAGCUGCUUCAUUGGACGUCCCGAAGUGGAGUGUAGGCCCGAUCCCAAGUGCAUAGAUGAGGGUAAUGCACAGUCUCGCGAUCCCCAAGAGCAGAUUUUGUGUGCCCAGGAUAACGAUUGCCCUGACAAUUUGCAAUGCGGUGCCUAUGGCCAGUGUACAGAUCCUUGCCAGAAUCCCCAGUUUAUAUGUCGCGGUCACAAGAAAUGCGAAACGCGGCGUCAUCAUCCUGUAUGCGUUUGCAAGACUGGCUUUAUAGUCAACGAGUAUGGUGAAUUGACGUGUGCCCCAGAGAAACGAGAAUGCUAUCGCGACGAUGAUUGUGCCUCCAAUAUGGCCUGCAACGAGGGCAAAUGCCGCAAUCCCUGCAUAGUGCCAGUGGGUCGCUCGCCCAUAUGUGCCGAGAACAAGUCUUGCGAGGUGCAGGAUCACAAGCCCGUUUGCAUUUGCAUGAAGGACUGCCAACCUUCGAUUUCGAUAUGCCUAAGAGAUGCCGGUUGCCCGGCCGGCUUGGCCUGCCGCAAUUAUCAGUGUGUCAAUCCUUGCGAUUUUGCUCAAUGCGCUCCCAACUCACCGUGUAUUGUGGAGGAUCACAAGCCGAUAUGUAAAUUCUGUCCCAGUGGAUUUAUAGCCGACUCUCGUUAUGGAUGUCAAAAAGAAAUUGGCUGCGCUUCCAAUUCCGAUUGUCCAGCUCAAAAGUCUUGCAUAAAUUCCAUUUGCAUAGAUCCCUGCUCACUGGCCAAUCAUUGUGGUCCCCAGCAAGAGUGCAAGGUGAUUGAACAUCAACCAGUGUGCUCAAGACUUUGCGAGUGUCAACGCAAAUCGGAUUGUCCUGCAGGUCUGGAGUGUGAUGGCUGUGAAUGCCGUGAAGCUUUCCGUACUCCUGGCUGUGAACACUGCGAUCAUGGUUAUCAUUGUGAUCCAACAACAGGAGCCUGUAUCAAGGAUAAGACAAUCAUAACAGCCAACACCACCACCAAAUUAACCACAACUAGUACUAGUACAACAACAAGUACUACCACCACAACAACACCUAAAAUAACCACUGACAUUGAAACGAGCACCCAAAAAUCCUCUGGCACCACAACAACCACUGCCACAACUGCAAGCAGUGGUACUACGCUAGGCACAGCAACAACCUCUAGUACCACAACACAAAAAUCUAAGACCACCAAAAAGGAGGAUGAUGAGCACGAAAGUUUUGUAACAAGUACAACGGUAAAGCCCAUAGAGAGCACUACUGAAUCAUCAGCGCCCAAGGACAUAGAAACCACCACACCUAUGAAGACGGGACCUCCCAAGACCUACCGUGAUGGUGAUAAUAAUAUAACGGAUACAACGGCAGGUGAAGUGCCUACCUCUACAACCCCUGCCUCAUUGGUGACAUCUUCGACCACUACACAGCGAGGGGAAGAUGUUAAGGGACCAUUUGAUUAUCCCACCACACCCAAGAUGAAAACCACUCGUAUUGACACUUCUCGCGAAGAAGAGUAUUAUAAUUUCACCACCACCACAGGCACUUCAACAACGCCCAAAUACGAUAGCUCUACUUUCCCGGUUAUUAUGGUCACCGAUACGACUAAACCUGCCGAUAAUUUCACCACUCAAACUCCACCAGAGGCUAUGGAUAAGACCACCAUGUUCCCUGUUAUCACACCAGAAUCCACAAAACCCACACGCGAGCCACCCACUGUGGCCGCCACUACAUUGACUGCUCCACCCGAAAUGGUGGGCGAAGACUUGACCACCACAGCUCCCGAGACUACUAGCCCUCCAACUUCCACAGUGCCAUUGAUGGUGGAAAUUGAGAGAACAACCACAGUCAAACCUAAGGUAGUGGAUGAAAUGAGCUCUACCAUGUUCCCAGUGAUUACCGAGAAGGUAACCUCCAUUCCUGAGAUACCCGGUACCACUAUGCUAAUGGAAGAUGUGGUGACUAGUAGCACUGAGCCCAGCAGAGUCAUCAAUCAAACUAGCAUAACAAUGGAGCCAGAGUUGAUAACAACCACGAUCCCGAACGAUACGAAUUACACGUCCACCAGCACCACCCCUACCAGCAAUACCACAGUAACAAGCAUAACCACAACCAGCACAAUGAUCACCAUUAUUAACACUACUUGUACAGUUCAUACUAAUUGCGCCCCUAAUCAAUUGUGUGUUAUGGGACAAUGUCGAAAUAAGUGUCGUGGUGAUGGCACCAAUGAGUCCAAUUGUGUCAAAGAAACCCUGGGUAGACCUAAGAAUCCGGAACCCUGCCAAUCGAAUAACGAUUGCAUUGAGAGUGAGGCUUGCUAUAUGGGUCUGUGUCAAGAUCCCUGCGAAUUUGCCAAUGUGUGCGCGGCAACGGCUAAAUGUACAGCCAAAAUGCAUAGACCCAUUUGCUCAUGUCCCCCCGGCCAUGAGGGUAAUCCUGCGGUGAAAUGUGUUACCACCGGCAAAUCAACGGAAUGUGCUCAUGAUGGUGAUUGUUCAGUGACGGAAGCCUGUAUUAAUCAGCGUUGCCAACAUCCUUGCGAUGUCCACAAUCCUUGUGCCCAAAAUGCUGUGUGUGCCAAUACCAACCAUGCAGCCGAAUGUAGCUGUACCGAUGGUUAUGAGGGCAACGGUUAUGUGGGCUGCCAACCAGCUUUUAAAUUCCCUGCGGUGUGCCAAUACAAUGAGGAUUGUCCGCCCAACAAGUUGUGUGAUCGCUUGAAUCGUCGCUGCAUAAAUCCCUGCCAAGAGGACUCUUGUGGUGAGAAUGCCGAAUGUAUACCCGUUAAUCAUGGCAUCGAGUGCAGAUGUUUGGCCGGCUUCGCUGGCAAUGCCUAUGUAGAGUGUACCCUGUUGCAGGGUUGCCGUUCUGACAGCGAAUGUGACGCCAGCCAGGCUUGUAUCAAUGGCAAAUGCUCAUCGCCUUGCAGCUGCGGAGCUUAUGCUCUCUGUGAUGUGGUCAAUCAUCGUGGAAUUUGCAAAUGUCCCCCUGGAUAUAAUGGAAAUCCAGCGGUGGCCUGCAGUCCUCCCAGCAAUCCAUGUGAUCCAAAUCCCUGUGGUUCCAAUGCCUUGUGUGAGUUGGACAACGGCAAUCCCAUAUGCUAUUGUCCUAAGGGCCUUACUGGAAAUCCCUUCAAGAAUUGCAUUCCCGAAGGUGAUGAGUGCACUCCCAAUCCUUGCGGUCCCAACUCUGGUUGCCGCAUGGUUUCCAACUCUCCCAUUUGUUUCUGUCUGCCCGAAUAUGAAGGACAACCUCCUCAGGUGCCCUGUCAAUUGCCCACACAUCCUUGCGAACCCUCACCCUGCGGACCCAACACCCAAUGCACAGUUCUUAGUAAUGGUUUCUCAAAAUGUACCUGCCUGCCCGGCUAUGUGGAGAGCCCCAACACCAUACGCGGCUGCAUAGAGCCCAUCAAUCCCUGUGACCCCAACCCAUGCGGAGUGGGUGCCAUCUGUGAUUCAACGCGUAAUCCUGUGUGCUUCUGUCCCGACAACAAGAUUGGCAAUCCCUUCCGUUUGUGUGAGAAACCCUCCGUUUCGGUUGAACUUUGUAAACCAGGUCCUUGUGGACACAAUGCCGAUUGCUAUGUUACCAAUAAUCGCGAGGAGUGUUACUGCCGUUCAGGCUACAUAGGCGAUCCUUACCAGGGCUGCCGCGAGCCUCCUCGUUCGGUAUGCGAACCAAACCCUUGUGGACCCAAUGCUGAAUGCGUGAUCUCCACCAAUGGUGAGAGCGCAUGUGUUUGUCCCCAUGGUUUGUCUGGAGAUCCUACUUCGGCUUUGGGCUGUCAUGGCUAUGAGUGCCAGGUGGAUGACGACUGUCCAUUUGAGAAGGCUUGCAUGGGCUUCAAGUGUCAUGAUCCUUGCCCGGGAGCGUGUGGUCAUGGUGCCAACUGUCGCGUGGAACAACAUCACCCAGUAUGCUCUUGCAACGCUGGACUCACCGGUAAUCCAGGAGUUUUCUGCUAUGCCCUUGAUGUGCCCAAGAAACCCAAGAAUCCUUGCGUCCCCAGCCCUUGUGGAUUGAACAGCGAUUGUAAAAUACUCAACAAUAGAGCCGUAUGCUCGUGUUUGCCAGGCUAUUUGGGAGAACCCAAGAGCGGCUGCAGACCCGAGUGUGAUAUUAACUCUGAUUGCGGCUCCAACCAGGCCUGCAUGAAUCACAAGUGUGUGGAUCCUUGCGCCGGAACUAUUUGCGGUAUUAAUGCCCUCUGCUCAGUGCAGCAACAUACACCUGUUUGCCGUUGUCUGGAUGGUUUCACUGGGGAUGCUUUCCGCCAGUGUAUUGCCAUUGGUAUAUUGCGCAAUGUCUCCCGAGAUCCUUGUGUACCUUCACCUUGCGGCCCUUCAGAUGUCUGCUCGGUGUACACCGAUGGAGUGGCCCUUUGCGAUCCCUGUUUUGGUCCUGACUCUCAAUACAAUCCUCGUUGCCGUCCCGAAUGUGUAUCCAAUUCCGAUUGUCCAUUUGAUAAGGCUUGUUUGGGCUCCAGAUGUUUGGAUCCUUGUGCCGGAUCGUGUGGCCACAAUGCCUUGUGCCAUGUCUAUGAACACAAUCCCAUUUGCCAAUGCCCGCCAGGAUUAUAUGGCAAUCCCUAUGACCAUUGUGAUGUGCCGAUACGUGAUAAACCAACACCUUCAGCCAGCUGCGCCAAGUUGCAGUGCGGAGCCAACUCGGAUUGCAAAAAGCAGAGUGGAGCCUUGACCUGUGUCUGCCGUAAGGGAUACUUUGGAAAUCCUUUUGUUGGCUGUCGACCCGAAUGUGUGCUCAACUCGGACUGUCCCAUCGAUAGGGCUUGCGUCAACUCAAAGUGUGUGGAUGUCUGUUCGGGAGUCUGUGGCAUCAAUGCCCUGUGCCAAGUGGUAAAUCACGGCCCUGUAUGCAUAUGUCCCGAGGGAAUGAGCGGAGAUGCAUUCAAACAAUGUUCCCGAGUUCCUCAAAUACCACACACCCAACCGCCUGUUGAGAGGCCGAGAAACCCCUGUGAACCUUCACCUUGUGGCCCCAAUGCCCGUUGCUUGAUAUCGCCCGAAGGUUAUGCCGCCUGUUCGUGCUUGCCCGAUUUCAAGGGCUCACCACCCGUUUGCCAACCAGAGUGCAUUGUCAGCUCGGAAUGUCCCCUUCACCAGGCAUGCAUCAAUCAGCGUUGUGCGGAUCCUUGUCCCGGUACCUGUGGCGUUUCGGCCAGAUGUAAAGUACUCAACCAUAACCCCAUAUGUUCAUGUGAGGCAGGCUACGAGGGUGAUCCGUUUGUGUCGUGCUCACCGGCCCAAGAGGAACGCGUACAUGUGACACCGAUUGACAAAAAUCCUUGCGUUCCCUCACCUUGUGGCGCCAACUCAAUAUGCCAAGUGAAACAAGGACGCCCCGUUUGCUCCUGCGUUGCCAACUAUGUGGGCAGUCCACCCUACUGCCGACCCGAAUGUACACUCAAUAGCGAAUGUCCCGCCGACAAGGCCUGUAUACAAGAGAAAUGCGAAAAUCCCUGUGCCAAUACAUGUGGCCACAAUGCCAGGUGUACGGUCAUUGCUCAUUCGGCCUAUUGCAGUUGUGAGGAUGGCUACGAAGGUGAUGCCUUCGUUGGUUGCUCCAAGACUAUCAAACCCAAGGAUCAAAUUGAUCCUUGCUUUGCCAAUCCUUGUGCCGAGAAUGCCGUGUGCACUGAACGAAAUGGCAUCGCCAGAUGUUCCUGCAUCGAACCCUAUAUUGGAGACCCCUACACCACUGGCUGUAGACCCGAGUGUGUGUACAACGCAGAGUGUCCUUCACACCAGGCUUGCAUCAAACAGCAUUGCCGUGAUCCUUGUGUGGGCACUUGUGGAGCCAAUGCUGAAUGUUCUGUAGCAAACCAUGUGCCAGUAUGCAGUUGCGCUCGAGGCUUUGUAGGUGAUCCAUUUACAGGAUGCAAAAAGGAUAUACAAGUUAAGCCGAUUAGUCCUUGUGAGCCGAAUGUUUGUGGGCCCUAUAGCGUUUGUCGCGCUGUGGGUGGUCGCCCCACUUGCUCUUGCCAAGUCGGCUACUUUGGAUCUCCUCCCAAUUGCCGUCCCGAGUGUGUGGUCAGUUCCGAGUGUAGUCAGAACAUGGCCUGCAUUAAUCAGAAGUGCAAUGAUCCUUGUGUGGGUACAUGCGGCUUCAAUGCCAAAUGCCAAGUUGUCAAUCAUAAUCCGAUAUGCUCGUGUCCCGUUGAUAUGACUGGAGAUCCAUUCGAACAGUGUAUUUUGAAACCCAAACAACCGGCGCCAGAAGUAAAUGCCUGCAUACCUAGUCCCUGUGGGCCCAAUGCCGAAUGCCGUGAAAUGGACAAUCGGGCUGUGUGCUCUUGCCUGCCGGGCAUGUUUGGGGCACCUCCCAGCUGCCGACCAGAAUGUGUCAUCCAUCAAGACUGCCCCUCAAAUAGGGCUUGCAUUGCUCAACGUUGCGAAGAUCCUUGUGCCGGUGCCUGUGGUUUCAAUGCUCUUUGUACCGCCUUGAACCACAAGCCCGUGUGCACUUGCCUCGAGGGCCAUGAAGGUGAUCCGUAUGCUGGCUGCAGCAUGCGUGCAAUUGUGGUACCUGAUCUUCCAAGUGACCCAUGCAAUCCCUCGCCUUGCGGUUCCAAUGCCUUGUGCCGGGACCGUAAUGGUGCUGGCGCUUGCUCUUGUCUGCCCAACUACUUCGGUGAUCCUUACAUCAAUUGUCGUCCGGAAUGUGUACAAAACUCUGAUUGUCCGCGCGACAAGUCAUGUCUGAAUAUGAAGUGUGUAGAUCCUUGUGAGAAUUUGUGUGGCUACAAGGCCACCUGCCGUGUGUCCAACCACCAGCCGCUGUGCUCGUGUGAACCUGGCUACACCGGCAACCCAAUGAGGCUUUGUUUCGAAAGACCUUCAAAUGAGUAUUUGCCCAUACCAGGCAAUCCUUGUAGACCAUCACCCUGUGGACCUUACAGUACCUGUCAGAAUCGCGCCAAUCGCCCCGUCUGUUCUUGUUUGCCCAACUAUAUGGGACAGCCACCCAAUUGCAAGCCGCAGUGUGUUAUAAGCGCUGAGUGCGCCUAUGACAAGGCGUGUGUGAAUCAACGUUGUGUAGAUCCGUGUCCGGGCACUUGUGGUCACAAUGCCAAAUGUCGCGUUACCAAUCAUUCACCCAUAUGCACUUGCAUGCAAGGCUUUACCGGAGAUCCAUUCCACCAAUGCGCGCUCGAAAGAAAACCUGAGAGACUGCCGGAUCCCAUAGUACCACAAAAUCCUUGUGUACCAUCACCGUGUGGCCCCAAUUCUCAAUGUCGUGUGGCCGGUAGCGGCGGCGUUUGUUCAUGCCUUCGAAAUUACAUAGGACGGCCACCUAAUUGCCGUCCCGAGUGUUCCAUUAACUCAGAAUGCCCUUCGCAGAAGGCCUGUCAAAACAGCAGAUGUGUGGAUCCCUGCAUUGGUUCUUGCGGCAAUAAUGCCCUGUGUCAUGUUAGCAAUCAUGUGCCCGUCUGCAUGUGCCAAGAAGGCUUUACAGGAGAUCCAUUUUCCGGUUGUUAUCUCUUAAUACAAAUUCCCGAUGAGCCUAUACAACCCUGCCACCCUAGUCCCUGCGGUUUGAAUGCUUUAUGCGAAGAACGCAAUCGUGCGGCUUCAUGCAAAUGCAUACCCGAAUAUUUUGGUGAUCCCUAUGUUGAAUGUCGACCAGAGUGUGUUUUGAACGCGGACUGUUCGAAAUCCAUGGCCUGUGUCAACAACAAAUGUGUGGAUCCUUGUCCGGGUGUGUGUGGCCAUAAUGCCGAAUGCUAUGCGUUGAAUCAUCAGCCAAAUUGCGAAUGUUUACUGGGCUUUACGGGAAAUCCCACUUUGGGUUGCCAUCUAAUACCAGAAGAAACUCCCAAAUAUGAGGUUGUCACCAAACCCAACAAUCCUUGUGUACCGACGCCCUGUGGCCUCUACAGCAAUUGUAGGGUGCAAAAUGGUCACGCUGUUUGCUCGUGUAUUCCCAACUACAUAGGCGCACCGCCCAACUGUCGUCCCGAGUGUAUGAGCAGCUCGGAUUGCUCACAAGAUAAAUCGUGCAUUAAUGAGAGAUGCAAAGAUCCUUGCCCGGGAACAUGUGGCGUCAAUGCUCAGUGCCGUGUGGUCAAUCAUAAUCCCAUAUGUUCAUGCAUGUCUGGUUUUACCGGUGAUCCAUUCUCACGCUGUAUAUAUGAAGAAAAACGUCCCAUUAUAAGAGACCCGGUGAAUCCUUGCGUACCCACACCUUGUGGUCCCAAUUCACAGUGUCGUGUCUCUCCGAACAACGAACAAGCUGUUUGCUCCUGCUUGCCCAACUACAUUGGGCGAGCUCCGAAUUGCCGACCCGAGUGUACCUCGAACUCGGAGUGUCGCGGCAAUAUGGCUUGCAUCAAUCAACGUUGCCAGGAUCCAUGUCAGGGAUCGUGCGGCUCUUUUACCACAUGUGUUGUAAAUAAUCAUAGACCUAUUUGUCGUUGCUUACAAGGUUAUGCGGGCGAUCCAUUUUCCGAAUGUAGUCCUCAAAUAAUUGUGCCUCCCGAGAAGGCCGAGCCUUGCAAUCCCAGCCCCUGCGGUGCCAAUGCCAUUUGUAAAGAACGCAAUGGCGUGGGAUCUUGUACCUGUCUGCCGGAAUACAAUGGUGAUCCCUACACCGAAUGCCGCCCCGAAUGUGUUCUUAACACGGACUGUGCUAAGAAUCGUGCCUGUGUUAGGAAUAAGUGUCGCGAUCCUUGCCCAGGCGUGUGUGGAGUUGAUGCCGAAUGUCAUGUCAUCAAUCAUUCGCCCAGCUGCAGCUGUCCCUCAGGUUACACCGGCAAUCCAUCGGAAUAUUGUCGCAGGGAAAUCAAACAAUUAGAUAAUGUCCAGCCUUGUCGCCCCUCUCCAUGUGGUCCUUAUAGCCAAUGUCGCGAAGUAAAUGGCCAUGCGGUCUGCUCGUGCUUGACAAAUUACAUGGGCACGCCGCCGGCUUGUCGCCCUGAGUGUUCUGUUAGCUCAGAGUGCGCUCAGGAUCGUGCCUGUUUGAAUUUGCACUGUGUAGAUCCUUGUCCAGGCACUUGUGGCAAUGAGGCCAUAUGUAAGGUCACAAAUCACAAUCCGAUUUGUUCAUGCCCGCCUGGCUACACUGGCGAUGCUUUCAUUAGAUGUCUCAGAAUUGAGGAGCGUAAGGUCGAGAAUGAACACCCUCAAAAUCCAUGCAUACCCAGCCCUUGCGGGCCCAACUCCCAAUGUCGUGUUGUGGGCGAAACUCCAGUGUGCUCUUGCUCGCCGAACUUCAUAGGUCGGGCACCGAAUUGCCGUCCCGAGUGUAGCAUAAAUUCAGAAUGUCCUGCCAAUUUGGCAUGUCUCAAUGAAAAAUGUAGCGAUCCUUGUCCCGGUACCUGCGGUUUCAAUGCCUUCUGUAAUGUGGUCAAUCAUUCGCCAGUGUGCUCUUGCGAUGAGGGCUACUCUGGCGAUCCGUUUGCCGGUUGCAAUCCUACACCGGUUCCCGAAGAACGUCUGACUCCCUGCAAUCCCACACCUUGUGGACCAAAUGCCGAAUGCAAAGAACGUAGCGGCGCUGGUUCUUGCACCUGUGUUGAGGGUUACUUUGGUGACCCCUACAGUGGUUGUCGACCAGAGUGUGUCGUCAAUUCCGAUUGUGCUCGCGACAAGUCAUGUGUCAAUCAAAAAUGUACAGAUCCUUGUCCAGGCGUUUGUGGCAUAAAUGCCGAAUGUCGUGUGGGCAAUCAUGUGCCCACUUGUCACUGUUUGCCCGGCUACAGUGGAAAUCCUUUGAGUUCUUGUCGUCUUAUACCAGAGCCCGAGCCCAUACCAAUUGAACGCGAUGCCAAUCCCUGUCAACCAUCGCCCUGCGGUCCCUAUAGUCAGUGCCGUGAAGUUAAUGGUCAUGCCGUUUGCUCUUGCCAAACCAGUUUCAUAGGUUCACCGCCCAACUGCCGGCCCGAGUGUAUUGUUAGCUCUGAUUGUGCCCAAAAUAUGGCCUGUCAAAAUCAAAAAUGUAUUGAUCCUUGCCCCAACACCUGUGGUACGGAAGCACGUUGUCAAGUCAUUAACCAUUAUGCGGCCUGUUCCUGUCCUCCAGGAUAUACGGGAGAUCCUUUCAAUAGAUGUACUAGAAUUAAAUUGGAUGUUCGUCCUGUUGAAAAGACGGGCAACCCGUGUGUACCCUCUCCAUGUGGUCCCAAUUCGAAAUGUGUCGAUGUUGGUGACUCACCUGCAUGCUCCUGUUUGCCCGACUAUCUGGGACGGCCUCCUAACUGUCGUCCCGAAUGCAUGAGUAGCUCCGACUGUCCCGCCAAUUUGGCCUGCAUGAAUCAGAAAUGUUCAAAUCCAUGUGCCGGUGCAUGUGGCACACACACACAAUGUACAGUCAUUAAACACAGUCCUGCAUGUCAGUGCGAACCCGGCUACACUGGAGAUCCUUUCUCUGGCUGUAGCGCUGUGCAAAUAAUUGUUCCCACCGAACGGCCUCGCGAUCCUUGCAAUCCUUCGCCUUGUGGCGCCAAUUCUGUGUGUCGUGAACGUAAUGGUGUAGGCUCCUGCUCCUGUCUGCCAGAAUACUUUGGAGAUCCUUACAGCGGUUGUCGACCCGAAUGUGUGCAAAACUCUGACUGUGAUCGCUCAAAGGCUUGCUUUAACAACAAAUGCCAAGACCCAUGCCCUGGAGUGUGCGGUAUCAAUGCCGAGUGCCGCGUUCUCAAUCAUGCUCCAAACUGUCAAUGCUUCGAAGGCUAUACCGGCGAUGCCCACAGGGCAUGUUCAGUGGUUGAAGUUACAACUGUGGCUCCACUUAAUCCUUGCCAACCCUCACCCUGCGGACCGUACAGUCAAUGUCGAGAAUCUAAUGGCCAUGCUGUGUGCUCUUGCUUGGAUAAUUAUAUUGGUGCCCCGCCAUCAUGCCGCCCCGAAUGUGUUGUCAGCUCCGAGUGUCCUCAGAAUCGUGCCUGUGUUCAACAGAAAUGUGGUGAUCCUUGUGCCGGUUCUUGUGGUUCCCAGGCCAGAUGUCAAGUGGUGAAUCACAACCCCAUUUGCACUUGUCCCGCUGGUAUGACGGGAGAUCCAUUCAUUGAGUGCGUUAUUGAAGAGCCCAUUAAAAGAGAUCCGGAAAAUCCAUGUGUGCCCUCACCCUGUGGACCCAACUCGUUAUGUCGCGAGAUCGGAGGACAGGCGGCGUGCUCUUGUCAAACAAACUACAUUGGAAGACCUCCAAACUGCAGACCAGAAUGCACGAAUCACGAUGAAUGCCAAAGCCAUCUCAGCUGUCAGAAUGAGAAAUGCAUCGACCCCUGUCCAGGAUCCUGUGGCUCGAAUGCCAUUUGCAAAGUUGUGCAGCAUAACGCAGUGUGCUCUUGCACGGAUGGCUAUGAAGGUGAUCCAAUAACGGGCUGCCAACUAGUACCUCCCGUAUUGCCUAAACAGCCCUCUACCUCACCUUGUGAGCCCUCACCUUGUGGUCCCCAUGCCGAAUGCCGCGAACGUAAUGGUGCCGGAGCCUGCUACUGUCACGAAGGCUUCGAAGGAAAUCCCUAUGAUGCUCAAAUUGGUUGCCGCCGUGAAUGUGAAUCGAACGAUGAAUGUUCGCCGAUGCAAGCAUGUGUUCGCUUCAAGUGUGUGGAUCCUUGCUCAAACAUAUGUGGAGAAUUCGCCUUAUGCACUGUAGAGAAUCAUGUGCCCACCUGCACCUGUCCCACUGGCUACUCGGGAGAUCCAUUCUUCCAAUGCAAGCCCAUACCAGUCACUCCACGGCCCAUUAUCAAUCCUUGCGUCCCCUCGCCUUGUGGACCCAACAGCAUAUGUCGUAACAUCAAUGACCAGGCUGUCUGUUCGUGCCAAUCAGGAUUCAUUAAUCAGCCACCGAAUUGCCGACCAGAAUGUGUGGUUAGCUCGGAAUGUGCCGCCGAACGUGCCUGUGUCAAUAAUAAGUGCGUGGAUCCUUGCCAACAUACGUGUGGUCAUUUGGCCAUUUGUCAAGUGAAGAACCACAGUCCUAUAUGCACCUGCCCGAGAGGUAUGACCGGAGAUCCAUUUGUCAAGUGUUCCAGAAUACCCAUUGUGAUUGAAAACGAACCCACAGAAAAACCGCCGUCCUGUGUGCCCUCACCCUGUGGCCCCAAUUCCAAAUGUCAAAUUGUUGGUGGCAGUCCCGCCUGUUCCUGUCUGCAGGACUUUAUUGGUGCCCCACCAAAUUGCCGACCAGAAUGUGUUCUUAACUCCGAAUGUGGACCCAGCGAGGCUUGCAUCAACCAAAAGUGUCGCGAUCCUUGCCCAGGAUCUUGCGGUUUCGAAGCCAAAUGUCAUGUUUUGAACCAUGUACCCAUUUGCAAUUGCCUAGAAGGUUAUACUGGAGAUCCAUUUGUACGCUGUAGUCCGGUCCCCGUCACAGAGACACCCAAGAUACCCAAUGAUCCUUGCGAUCCAAAUCCUUGUGGUCCCAAUGCCGAUUGCUAUAACGGUGAGUGUAGAUGUCAAGACAACUAUCAAGGCAAUCCCUACGAUGGUUGUCGUCCCGAAUGUACUUUGUCAGCUGACUGUCCUCGCGACAAGGCUUGCAUGCGCAACAAAUGUGUCGAUCCUUGCCCAGGAACCUGCGGCAUUAAUGCGGUCUGCGAAGUUUUGAAUCAUAUACCGGUAUGCUCAUGCGUUAAGGGAUACGAAGGAGAUCCAUUUACCAAUUGCCGCUUGAAGCAAGAAGAGCCCGAGAGACCUGCCGAACCUUGCUCGCCCUCACCUUGUGGUCCAAACAGUCAAUGUCGUGAUGUGAAUGACCACGCUGUGUGCUCUUGUCUGGAUGGUUUCAUUGGUGCUCCACCACAAUGCCGACCCGAAUGUGUGGUCUCCAGUGAAUGUUCCGCCCUGCAGGCUUGUGUGAAUAAGAAAUGCGUUGAUCCUUGCGCCGGUGCCUGCGGUAUUGAUGCCAGAUGUGAAGUUAUCAACCAUAGCCCAAUAUGUGGUUGUCCGCCGGGCAAGACUGGAGAUCCCUUCAAGAGAUGCUUGGAUCUUCCACCACCACCACCCGAAACCAAGGGCCCCAUUAUUCCACGAGAUCCAUGUGAUCCUUCGCCCUGUGGACCCAAUUCGAUUUGCAAGAGUGGUCCCAGUGGCCCUUCGUGUCAAUGUCAGCCAGAAUUCUUUGGUUCUCCACCCAACUGUCGACCGGAAUGUAUCAUCAACCCCGACUGUCCAUCUACCCAGGCCUGUAUUAACAACAAAUGCCGCGAUCCUUGUCCGGGAUCUUGCGGCACAAAUGCGGAAUGUCGUGUUAUAAGCCACACUGUAUCCUGCUCAUGCCCUGCUGGCUUUGCCGGAAAUGCUUUUGUACAGUGCAUACAGCAACGAGAGGAACCAAUUAAACCGUGCGAACCUUCUCCUUGCGGUCCCAAUGCGGAGUGCAUUGAACGCAAUGGUGCUGCCUCCUGCAAAUGUAUCGAUGAUUAUCAGGGCAACCCCUAUGAGGGAUGUAGACCUGAAUGUGUUCUCAGCUCAGACUGUCCAACGGACGAGGCUUGUAUACGCAACAAAUGCAAAGAUCCAUGCCCUGGUAUUUGUGGGUCGAAUGCCCAAUGCUAUGCCGUUAACCAUGUACCCAAUUGUGUAUGCAACGAAGGCUUUACCGGUGAUCCCUUCUCCAAUUGCCGUCUCGAACCAAGACUACCACCUCCGGCUCCCGGCAAUCCUUGCCAGCCAUCACCUUGUGGACCAAACAGUAAGUGCCGCGAGUCAAAUGGCUUGGCUGUGUGCUCGUGUUUGGAUACAUUUAUCGGAUCCCCACCCAACUGCAAGCCUGAAUGCACCGUUAAUGCCGAAUGUCCUCAGAACAAGGCAUGCCAUAAAUUCAAAUGUGCCAAUCCUUGUGCUGGCACCUGCGGCAUCGAUGCUAAAUGCGAGGUUAUCAAUCAUAAUCCAAUCUGUAGCUGCGCUUUGGAUAUGACAGGCGAUCCAUUCACUAGAUGUUAUCCGGCCCCAGCUCAACCCAAGGAUGAGCAAACCAAAUCCAAAAAUCCAUGCUUGCCAUCGCCUUGUGGCCUUUACUCUGAAUGUCGCGUCAGUGGAGAUCAACCUUCCUGCUCAUGCUUGCCCAAUUAUGUAGGAGCACCACCGAACUGUCGUCCCGAAUGUGUGGUUAACACCGAUUGUCCCUCCGAUUUGGCCUGCAUUGCCGAGAAGUGCCGCAAUCCUUGCGAUGGCACGUGUGGCAUUAAUUCGGAAUGUCGCAUACAAAACCAUUUGGCCAUAUGCACCUGUCGCCAAGGAUUCACUGGUGAUCCAUUCUCACAAUGUAUCGAAAUUAUCGAAGAAAAGACGCAAACGCCCAUCGAAACCGACCCCUGCGCUCUACAGCCGUGUGGAGCCAAUGCCGAAUGCCAACCUGGCGGCAUAUGUGUUUGCUUGCGAGACUACCAGGGAGAUCCCUACAACGGAUGCCGACCCGAAUGUACUCUCAGCACUGAUUGCUCGCCCAACAAGGCUUGUCUGAAUAAGAAAUGUGUUGAUCCUUGUCCCGGAACAUGCGGCCAAAAUGCCCAAUGCGAUGUCACCAAUCACAUACCAGUUUGCAUAUGUCCCAAGGGCUAUACCGGAGAUCCGUUUAUCAACUGCCGUCAAGUAGUGCGCAACGAACAACCUGUUGAUUUUUGCCAGCCAAAUCCAUGCGGACCCAACAGCGUUUGCCAAGUAUCAGCCCAAGGACCCAAGUGUGCCUGUCAAAUGGGUAUGCUGGGUUCACCGCCAGCCUGCAAACCCGAAUGUAUUGUCAGCUCUGAGUGCUCCCUGCAAACGGCUUGCAUCAAUCGUAAAUGCGUUGAUCCUUGCCCAGGAGCUUGUGGACAAUUCGCCAGGUGCCAAGUUAUCAAUCAUAAUCCCAUCUGUACUUGCAACAAUGGCUACACUGGUGAUCCAUUCACCAGAUGCUACCAAGAGCCAAAGGUGGUAACGCCAGUGGCACCUGUCAAUCCUUGUGUACCAUCGCCGUGUGGUCCCAACUCGGAAUGCAAGGUCAUGGGCGAUAGUCCGGCCUGUUCAUGCGCUGAAACAUUCUUGGGUACACCACCCAACUGCAGACCAGAAUGCACCAUCAAUCCCGAAUGUCCUUCGACCAAGGCCUGUAUACGACAGAAAUGUGAAGACCCCUGUGUGGGUUCUUGCGGUUUCAAUGCCCGUUGCACCGUGGCCAACCAUAUGCCAAUAUGCAGUUGCGAAGUCGGCUAUGCCGGAGAUCCAUUUACCAGCUGUCAACCGAUACCAGAACGAGUUGUCAACGAACAAAUAACACCCUGCGAACCAAAUCCAUGCGGUUCAAAUGCUGUGUGCCGUGAACAAAACGGCGUUGGUUCCUGCCAAUGCAUACCCGAGUACUUUGGAGAUCCCUAUCAAGCUUGUCGCCCAGAAUGUCUGCGAAACUCCGAUUGUCCCACCACUAGGGCUUGUACACAAAAUAAAUGCAGCGAUCCCUGCCCAGGAACCUGCGGCUCGAAUGCCUUGUGUUCCGUUACCAAUCACAUACCAACGUGUUCCUGUCUGCCCGGUUAUAUAGGAGAUCCAUACAGUUCUUGUCAUAGGGAACCUGAGAAACCCAUACGUCAGCGAGAACCUUCAAACCCCUGCAUUCCUUCGCCCUGUGGUCCCAAUUCACAAUGCCGUGAAUUGAAUGGCCAGGCUGUUUGUAGUUGUUUGGAAAACUAUAUUGGUUUAGCGCCCUCGUGUCGUCCCGAAUGUGUGCUCAGCUCUGAAUGCUCCGCCGACAAGGCUUGCAUUAAUCAACGUUGUGAAGAUCCCUGUGUAGGAACAUGUGGCCUCAAUGCCGAGUGCCGAGUACGCAAUCAUAGUCCAUUGUGUCAAUGCCGUAGUAGCUUCACCGGUGAUGCCUUCACCAGAUGCUUCCCCAUGCCACCGCCUCCAUUGGUAUUUAAAGAAGUCAAACAAAGAGAUCCUUGUGUACCCUCUCCUUGUGGUCCCAAUUCACAGUGUCGCAAUAACAAUGGUGUUCCUUCUUGCACUUGUCUAGCCACAUAUAUAGGAACACCUCCUAAUUGUAGACCCGAAUGUUCCAUAAGUGCGGAAUGCCCUUCGAAUAUGGCAUGCAUACGAGAGAAAUGUAUCGAUCCUUGUCCAGGUUCUUGCGGCUUCUCGGCCAUUUGCAAUGUAGUUAAUCAUACACCAGUAUGUACUUGUCCUUCGGGCUAUACGGGCGAUCCUUUCAGCUCCUGUAGUCCUGCUCCUCCCGAGAAAAUUGAGAAUGAACCCUCUGACCCCUGUCAUCCCUCGCCCUGCGGUCCCAAUGCUCAAUGCCGCAAUGGCAUUUGCUCCUGCCUACCCGAAUAUCAAGGCGAUCCCUAUCGCGGCUGUAGGCCAGAGUGUGUUUUAAAUGCAGAUUGUCCUCGCGACAAGGCUUGCUCACGCAGCAAAUGUAUCGAUCCCUGUCCGGGUACUUGCGGCGAUAACGCUAUUUGUGAAGUUAUCAACCACAUACCCAUGUGUCGUUGCCCCGAGGGUACUAUGGGCAGUGCUUUCAUAAGAUGUUCUCCCCAACAGAAAUUAAUCACCGCUACAAAUCCUUGUCAACCCUCUCCUUGCGGCCCGAAUUCUCAGUGUCGUGUUAUAAAUCAACAACCUGUCUGCUCUUGCCUGCAAGGUUUUAUUGGAGCUCCUCCCACCUGCAGACCCGAAUGUACUUCGAAUUCAGAAUGUGCUCCUACCCAGGCUUGUCUGAAUCAGAAAUGCCGUGAUCCCUGUCCGGGAACUUGUGGUGUCAGAGCUCAAUGUUCUGUUGUAAAUCAUAGUCCAUUCUGUACCUGUGCCAAUGGUUUCACUGGAAACCCAUUCGUUAGUUGUCAGCGCAUCUUUGAACCAGAGCGUGACAUUGUACCGCAAGAUCCCUGCAAUCCGUCACCCUGCGGUCCUUAUGCCAAAUGUAAGGACAUAGGAAAUGCACCUUCAUGUUCUUGCUUGGAAGCCUACGUCGGAAGACCACCAAACUGCCGCCCAGAGUGUAUAACUAGCUCAGACUGUCCCAGCAAUUUGGCUUGCAUCAAUCAAAAAUGUAUCGAUCCUUGUCCCGGGCGCUGCGGUCUGAAUGCCGAGUGUCGCGUUGUCAGUCAUGCUGUACAAUGUGUUUGUGUUAUUGGCUAUACGGGAGAUCCUUUCGUACAGUGUAAUGCUCCCAUUGAAAGAGAUGUCACGGAAGUUCUUACGCCUUGCGAUCCCUCUCCAUGUGGUCCAAAUGCUGAAUGCAAAGAACGCAAUGGAGCUGGUUCCUGUAAAUGUCUCCCCGAAUAUUUUGGAAAUCCCUACGAAGGCUGCCGCCCCGAAUGUGUAAUGAACUCCGACUGCCCUUCGAAUAAGGCUUGUUUGCAAUUGAAAUGUCAAGAUCCUUGCCCCGGAACAUGCGGACCAAACGCCGAAUGCCAAGUGGUUAAUCAUUUGCCUACUUGCAAUUGCAUUCCAGGUUACCUAGGUGACCCCUAUCGACAGUGUAGCAAGACGCUAGAACCGAUAUAUAAUGAAUAUGUUAAUCCUUGUCAACCCACACCAUGCGGCCCCAAUUCCCAAUGCCGCGAGGUAAAUGGUCAGGCUGUUUGCUCUUGUUUGCCCGAAUUUAUGGGUCAACCACCAGCCUGCAGACCUGAAUGCACAAUUUCCUCUGAAUGUUCCACUGACAAGGCUUGUCUCAAUCAAGAAUGCGUUAAUCCUUGUGCCAGUUCUCCAUGUGGCCAGAAUGCUGAGUGUAGGGUUCGCAAUCAUAGUCCGUUGUGUUCUUGUAAUCGAGGAUUUACAGGCGAUGCUUUCACCAGAUGUUAUCCCAUACCACCACCUCCUCCGCCACAAGUUGAACGAGAGGAACUACGAGACCCUUGCAUUCCUUCACCUUGUGGCCCUAACUCGGAAUGCCGCAAUAGCAAUGGAGUGCCGUCUUGCUCUUGCCUGGCAGCUUUCAUCGGUCAGCCACCAAAUUGUAGAGCCGAAUGUACCAUUAACUCCGAAUGUCCCUCGCAACAGGCGUGCAUCAAUCAAAAAUGUAGGGAUCCCUGUCCGGGAGCUUGUGGUUUUAAUGCCAUUUGUCAAGUUAUUAAUCAUACGCCAUCGUGUGCCUGUCCUGAGGGCUACAUUGGAAAUCCAUUCACCAGUUGUUCCCCCAAACCUCCGACACCAACAACGCCUCCACCGCGCCUUGAUGAUCCCUGCAAUCCUUCACCCUGUGGUUCGAAUGCCGUAUGCAACAAUGGCCAAUGCUCGUGCAUAGCAGAAUAUUUGGGUGAUCCCUAUGUGGGUUGCAGACCAGAAUGUGUCUUGAACUCCGACUGCCCUCGUGAUAGGGCGUGCAUACGGAACAAAUGUAUUGAUCCUUGCCCCGGAACUUGUGCCACUAACGCCAUAUGUGAGGUUCACAAUCAUGUGCCAAUGUGUCAUUGUCCCGAAAGUAUGACGGGAAAUGCUUUCUUCGAAUGUCGUGCCAUACCAACCCCCUUGCCAACCAACCCUUGUCAACCCUCACCUUGUGGCCCCAACAGUCAAUGUCGUGUUGUUCAAGAGACCGCAGUUUGCUCCUGUCUUCCCAAUUUCAUAGGCAGUCCGCCACAAUGUAGACCUGAAUGUACUACGAAUUCGGAUUGCGCACCCGACCAGGCUUGUCAGAACUCCAAGUGCCGAGAUCCAUGCCCUGGAACUUGUGGCUUUAAUGCCGAAUGCAAUGUAGUCAACCACACACCAUAUUGCAGAUGUCGCGAACGCAUGACAGGCGAUCCAUUCGUCAGAUGCCAGGAAAUAUUGGAACCCAUACGAGAUGUCCAAAAGAACGUUAAUCCUUGUGUGCCCUCGCCUUGUGGCCCCAAUUCGGAGUGCCGUGUGAACGGAGAUUCGCCUUCAUGCUCUUGUCUACCAGAAUUCAUUGGUUCACCACCUCAGUGCAGACCGGAAUGCAUCUCGAACUCCGAAUGUCCUUCAACAGAGGCUUGCAUUAAGCAAAAAUGUCGGGAUCCUUGCCCCGGUUUAUGUGGACAGAACGCCUUGUGCCGCGUCUUCUCCCAUACUCCCUUGUGUUUAUGCGACGAAGGUUUUACCGGCGAUCCCUUCUCGAUCUGCAAUGCCAUCCAACAAACACCGCCAGAAGUGUUGCGACCCUGUGAUCCAAGUCCUUGCGGUGCCAAUGCCAAAUGUGAGGAACGUUCUGGCGCUGGCUCUUGUCAAUGUUUGCCCGAGUACUUUGGCAAUCCCUAUGAGGGAUGUCGCCCUGAAUGUGUCUUGAAUACGGAUUGUGCUUCGAAUAGGGCUUGUCGCAAUCAAAAAUGCGUCGAUCCUUGCCCGGGAACCUGCGGCCAGAACGCCCAGUGUAAGGUUAUAAACCAUUUGCCAUCGUGUGAUUGUUUCCCUGGUUACACCGGAGAUCCUUAUAGUUUCUGCUCGAUAGUAGUAAAUGAGCCUAUUCGGGAAUACAUCAAUCCAUGCCAACCCUCACCUUGUGGACCUAAUUCCCAAUGCAGGGAAGUGAAUGAGCAGCCUGUGUGUUCUUGUCUAGCCGAUUUUAUAGGUUCGCCCCCAGCUUGUCGACCGGAAUGUACCUCAAGUUCAGAAUGUGCCGCCGACCGGGCUUGCAUAAAUCGUAAAUGUGCGGAUCCCUGUCCGGGCGUGUGUGGCCAAAAUGCGGUGUGCAAUGUACACAAUCAUAGUCCUAUAUGCUCGUGUAACAACGGCUUUACGGGCGAUGCUUUUACACGUUGCUUCCGCAUACCACCCAAGCCCGCUGAACCCAUUGUCCAAAAGACCCCCAGGGAUCCUUGUGUGCCCUCGCCCUGUGGGCCCUAUUCACAAUGUCGCAAUGUGGGUGGUGAUACGCCAUCUUGCUCCUGCCUCCCCAAUUAUUUGGGUUCGCCACCUCAGUGUCGCCCCGAAUGCACCAUCAAUUCCGAAUGUGGUUCAGAACAGGCCUGUAUCAAUGAAAAAUGCAGAGAUCCUUGCCCGGGAUCUUGCGGCAUAAACACAAACUGUUUUGUACGCAGCCAUACACCGAUUUGUACUUGUCAACCGGGUUACACAGGUGAUCCAUUCACCGUAUGCAAUCCUAUACCACCAGCAACACCAACAAGGGAAGUUGUACCACCAGCCGAUGAUCCCUGCAAUCCCUCACCUUGCGGCGCCAAUGCCCAGUGCCAGAAUGGUCAAUGCUCGUGCAUUGCCGAAUAUCAUGGAGAUCCCUAUGUAGGUUGUCGGCCAGAAUGUGUCUUGCACACAGAUUGUUCCCGCGACACGGCUUGUGUUAGGCAUAAAUGCAUAGAUCCUUGCCCAGGAACUUGUGCUUCCAAUGCCAUUUGCGAAGUCAUUAACCAUAUUCCCAAUUGUCGUUGCCCAGACGGUAUGCAGGGAAAUGCUUUCAAUUUCUGCACACCAACACCGAAACAAGAUAUUGCCUUAAAUCCUUGUCAGCCAUCACCUUGUGGACCGAACUCACAAUGCCGCGAAAUCAAUCAACAGGCAGUGUGUUCCUGUAUUGAAGGAUACAUGGGUAGCCCACCUCUAUGUAGACCUGAAUGUACCGCCAAUUCGGAGUGCUCUCUGCAUCUGGCCUGCUUGAAUCAAAAAUGUUCCGAUCCAUGCCCUGGAGUUUGUGGUCGCAAUGCCAUGUGCCAUGUUAACAACCACAGUCCUUAUUGCAGAUGUCCCGACAGGUACGAUGGCAAUCCUUUCGUUAGUUGUCAACCAAUCAUGGAAACACCGUCGCCGACACCCAAGCAACCUUGCCAGCCUUCACCUUGUGGCCCCUAUUCUCAGUGUCGCGAAGUUGGUGAUACACCUUCUUGCACCUGCCUUAGCGAGUACAUAGGUGCACCACCCAACUGCCGUCCCGAAUGUGUUACGAGCUCCGAAUGCCCCUCGACCCAGGCUUGUAUUAAUCAAAAAUGCAAAGAUCCCUGUCCAGGUCUUUGCGGAACCGAGGCCGAAUGCCGCGUUAUAUCGCACACACCAAGUUGUUACUGCCCCCAGGACUACGAAGGCGAUCCAUUUGUGCAAUGUGUGCGGAAACAACCACCGUUACAGCUGGACCAUGUGGAUCCCUGUAAUCCCAGUCCUUGCGGAGCCAAUGCUCGCUGCAUGCAAAGAAAUGGAGCAGGAGCUUGUCAAUGUUUCCCCGAAUACUUUGGCAAUCCUUACGAAGGUUGUCGUCCCGAAUGUGUUUUGGACUCGGAUUGUGCCAGCAACCUGGCUUGUCAGAAUAUGAAAUGUCGCGAUCCCUGCCCUGGUACCUGUGGCCAGAAUGCCAUCUGUCAAGUUCUUAACCAUGUGCCCACUUGUAACUGUAUAACCGAUUAUGUUGGUGAUCCGUACCGUUCUUGUUUGCCCGAGUUACAACCUGUCAAAGAAUAUGUUAACCCUUGUCAACCGUCACCUUGUGGACCAAACUCACAAUGUCGUGAAAUUAAUGAACAACCAGUGUGCUCUUGUUUGCCCGAAUACACUGGCAGUCCUCCAAUGUGCAGGCCAGAAUGCACCAUAUCCUCGGAAUGUCCCUUCGAUAAGGCGUGUGUUAAUCAGAAAUGUGUUGAUCCUUGCCCUGGAACUUGUGGCACCAAUGCCAACUGCAAGGUUCACAAUCACAGUCCUUUGUGUACUUGUAGAGCAGGCUUCACCGGCGAUCCUUUCUUCAUUUGUAGACCAAUACCACCCCAACCUCCGGUACAAGUUGAAAAAACUCCCGUAGAUCCUUGCCUGCCUUCACCAUGCGGACCCAAUUCGCAGUGCCAACGUGAAGGUGAUUCGGCCGCCUGCGCUUGUUUGCCAAAUUAUAUAGGGGCUCCUCCCCAGUGUAGGCCGGAAUGUUUAAUAAAUGCAGACUGUCCCAGUAGCGAGGCCUGUAUUAAUGAGAAGUGUCGAAACCCAUGCAUUGGAGCUUGUGGUCUAGGUGCCCUUUGCGAGGUAAAUAAUCAUACACCGAAUUGCAGAUGCCCUGCUGGUUAUGUCGGAGAUCCAUUUGCCUCAUGUAAUCCUGCCCCUGUACCACCACCCCCACCCGCCAUCGCAGAUGAUCCUUGCAAUCCCUCUCCAUGUGGCCCCAAUGCUCGUUGCGAUAAUGGUAUUUGCUCUUGCUUGCCAGAAUAUCAAGGCGAUCCCUACACCGGCUGUCGACCAGAAUGUGUUCUUAAUACGGACUGUUCACGCGAACUAGCUUGCAUUGACAACAAGUGUCGAGAUCCUUGUCCGGGAACUUGUGCUGUCAACGCUUUGUGCCAGGUUAUAAAUCACAUUCCGAUGUGCACAUGUCCCGAUGGCAUGGCUGGCAAUGCCUUUAUCCAAUGUUCACCCAUACCACCUCGUGUCAAGGGCAACCCUUGCCAGCCUUCUCCCUGUGGUCCCAAUUCUCAGUGCCGUGAAGUCAACUCGCAGGCAGUCUGUUCUUGCCUGCCCUCAUACCUGGGAACACCGCCGACCUGUCGUCCAGAAUGUACGGCCAACCAAGAGUGCCCCGCUAAUUUGGCCUGUGUCAACCAGAAAUGUGUAGAUCCCUGCCCUGGAGCAUGUGGUCAAAAUGCCCAAUGUUCCGUCGUCAACCACAAUCCGUACUGUACUUGCAGGCCACGCUACACGGGAAAUCCAUUUGUGGCCUGCCAACCAAUCAUUGAACGCGUGCAGGAGGAACCCCAGCCAGUGGAUCCCUGCCGACCAUCUCCUUGUGGCCCCAAUGCCGAAUGUCGUGCCGUGGGCAAUACCCCCUCUUGCAGCUGUUUGGAAGGAUUUGUGGGUUCAGCCCCUUACUGUAGGCCUGAAUGCGUUUCAAACUCGGAGUGUUCUCCGCAAUUGGCAUGUAUUAAUCAAAAGUGUAAGGAUCCUUGCAUAGGUUUGUGUGGCUCUUCGGCAAUAUGUCGUGUGGUGUCGCAUACGCCCAUGUGUACCUGUGAAGUCGGUUUCACCGGCGAUCCCUUCACCCUAUGCUCUCCAAUACCGGUGCGCGUCGCGGAGGAACCCUUGCAACCCUGCAAUCCCUCGCCUUGUGGAGCCAAUGCCAAGUGUAUGGAACGCAAUGGUGCCGGUGCCUGUCAAUGUCUGCCCGAGUACUUCGGCAAUCCCUAUGAGGGUUGCCGUCCAGAGUGUAUUUUAAAUUCGGAUUGCCCAACAAACAAAGCGUGUCACAAUCAAAAAUGCAAAGAUCCUUGUCCGGGAACCUGUGGCAACUUCGCCGAAUGCUCCGUCAUUAACCAUGUGCCGACAUGCAACUGUUUGAUUGGCUAUACAGGAGAUCCCUACAGUUAUUGUUUUAAACCUCAAGAACCCAUACGUCAUGAAUAUAUCAAUCCAUGUCAACCAUCACCUUGUGGCCCGAAUUCGCAAUGCCGCGAGAUCAAUGGGCAGGCUGUGUGCUCGUGCCUUGCCGACUUUGUGGGUGUGGCACCAGCCUGCAGACCCGAGUGUACCGUUAACUCAGAAUGUCCGCUGGAUAAGGCGUGUAUUAAGCGCAAAUGUUCAGAUCCUUGUCCGGGAGUUUGCGGCCUCAAUGCCGAGUGUCAUGUUAGGAAUCAUAGUCCCUUAUGUUCUUGCCGUCCGGGUAUGACCGGAGAUGCAUUUGUGCGUUGCUCUCCACAGCCAUCUCCAGCUCCUGUAAAGGCCAUAGAAGUAUACAGAGAUCCUUGUGUACCAUCACCUUGCGGUCCCUAUUCUCAAUGCCGUAAUCAGUAUAAUGUCCCUUCGUGUUCCUGUCUCCCCAACUAUAUAGGUUCUCCGCCAAAUUGUAAGCCCGAAUGUAGCAUUAAUGCCGAUUGUCCAGCUAGUCAGGCAUGUAUAAAUGAAAAAUGCCGUGAUCCAUGUCCCGGAGCCUGUGGCCUCAACACCGAGUGUACAGUUACCAAUCAUAUACCCACGUGUAAGUGUAUAUUGGGGUAUGUGGGAGAUGCUUUUGUCAGCUGCAGGCCAGAACCAACGCCUCCGCCGAAAAUGAAAGACACUCCGGACGAUCCUUGCUAUCCAAACCCCUGCGGUACCAAUGCCCUGUGUUCCGGUAAUGGUGUGUGCACCUGUCUAGCCGACUAUCAGGGGGAUCCUUACAGAUUGUGUAAGCCAGAGUGUGUUCUCAACUCGGAGUGCCCUUCGAACAAAGCUUGUCUGAAUCAGAAAUGUCGAGAUCCCUGCCCGGGAACGUGUGCCUCCAAUGCCAUUUGUGAGGUUCACAAUCACAUACCCAUGUGCCAUUGUGGCCCACAAAUGACGGGCAAUGCCUUUGUGCUUUGCCAGCAAGUUCAAAGAACGGAAAUAUAUCGCAAUCCCUGCCAACCCUCACCUUGCGGUCCCAACUCGCAGUGCCGUGAAAUUAACUCUCAGGCUGUGUGUUCCUGCCUGCCCAAUUUCUUGGGCUCGCCUCCAAGUUGUAGACCUGAAUGCACCACCAAUCCAGAAUGCCCAGCAAACUUGGCUUGCCAAAACCAAAGGUGCAUAGAUCCCUGUCCGGGCACCUGCGGUAGGUUUGCCCAAUGCAAAGUCGUUAGUCAUAGUCCCUUCUGUACUUGCGUCCCUGGCUAUACCGGAAAUCCGUUCGUUCAGUGUCAAAGAAUAUUUGAACCUCCGCGAGAUGUUGAACAACCGCUGAACCCCUGCCAGCCAUCACCCUGUGGCCCCAACAGCUUGUGCAAACCAGUGGGCAGCUCUCCCUCGUGUUCUUGCCUCAGUGAGUUUAUAGGACAACCGCCGAAUUGUCGUCCCGAAUGUGUAACCAACUCGGAAUGUCCCUCUAAUGAGGUUUGUCAAAAUCAUAAAUGUAAAGAUCCCUGCCCCGGUUUGUGUGGCCAAAACGCCUUGUGUCGUGUUAGCAGUCAUACGCCCAUGUGCUACUGUAAUCCCGGUUAUCAAGGUGAUCCCUUCGUUUUCUGUUCACCUCAGCCGCAACGCGAGCCCAUUGAAACUAUCGAUCCUUGUAAUCCUUCGCCCUGUGGUCCAAAUUCCGUCUGCCUGCAGCAGAACGGUGUUGGGUCUUGUCAAUGUUUACCCGAAUACUUUGGCAACCCGUAUGAAGGCUGUCGACCCGAGUGUGUUGUUAACUCUGACUGUCCCUCUAAUAAGGCGUGUGUUAAUCAGAAAUGCUUAGAUCCCUGUCCGGGAACCUGUGGCCAAAAUGCCGAGUGUUUUGCUAGAAAUCAUUUGGCUACUUGUAACUGCUUGUAUGGAUAUCAGGGAGAUCCCUAUCGCUACUGCAGCAAAGAAGAAAAACCUGUGCUCAAGGAAUACGUCAAUCCUUGCCAACCCUCACCUUGUGGUCCCAACUCGCAAUGUCGUGAAUUGAAUGAACAGGCGGUGUGUUCUUGUUUACCGGAGUACAUGGGAACCCCACCCACAUGCCGACCCGAAUGCACCUCCAGCUAUGAGUGUGCUUCGGACAAGGCUUGUGUCAAUCAAAAAUGUCAAGACCCCUGUCCAGGCAUAUGUGGUCAGCAGGCUCUCUGUAAUGUACGCAAUCAUGUGCCACUGUGCUCUUGUCAAAAUGGUUAUACCGGUGAUCCAUUUACACUCUGUUACCCCAUACCACCUCCUCCACCCGUAAGGGAGUCUGAACCCAUAAGGGAUCCGUGUGUGCCCUCGCCGUGCGGCCCCAAUGCACAGUGUCGCAAUGUCAAUGGUCAGGCCUCGUGCUCUUGUUUGCCCCAGUAUUUGGGUGCUCCUCCCAAUUGUCGCCCCGAAUGCUCGACCAGUUCGGAAUGUCCUUUGAAUAUGGCCUGCAUUAACAUGCAUUGCAUUGAUCCCUGCCCAGGCUCGUGUGCAUAUAAUGCUUUGUGCACGGUACAAAACCAUGUACCAAGUUGCCAUUGUCCUGAGGAGUAUGGUGGCGAUCCGUUCACUAGUUGCCAGUUGUUGCCAAAACCCAAGCCAAUUGCUGAAGACGAUCCUUGUAAUCCUUCACCUUGCGGACCCAAUGCCCAAUGUAACAAUGGCCAAUGUACUUGUCUGCCCGAAUAUCAUGGAGACCCCUAUGUGGCUUGUCGACCCGAAUGCAUUCUUAGCACAGAGUGUCCUUCGAAUAGGGCCUGUAUAAAUCAAAAAUGCCAAGAUCCCUGCCCCGGAACAUGUGCCCACAAUGCUCUGUGCGAAGUGUACAAUCACAUACCCAUGUGUCGCUGUCCUCAAGGCAUGACGGGCAAUGCCUUUGUGCAAUGUGAAAUAGAACGUAAACCAGUGGAUGUUGAUCCAUGCCUGCCUUCACCUUGUGGUCCCAAUAGUCGAUGCCGAGUACAUCAAAACACUGCCGUUUGUUCUUGCAUAGAAAACUACCUGGGAAAUCCUCCGUCAUGUAGGCCUGAGUGUAGUAUUAACUCGGACUGCCCACCACAAAAGGCGUGUCAAAACCUCAAAUGUGUAGAUCCUUGUCCGGGCUCGUGUGGCCUAAAUGCCCUGUGUCAUAUAGUAAACCAUGCCCCCAUUUGCACAUGUCCUGCUCGUUUCACGGGCAAUCCUUUCGUGAGCUGUCAACCGAUAAUUGAAACGCCACCACCAAAACUGAAAGAUACACCAAAUCCGUGUGUGCCAUCUCCUUGUGGUGCCAACUCCGAAUGUCGAGCUGUGGGAGACUCACCAUCGUGCUCAUGUCUGCCAACGUUCCAGGGACAACCACCAAACUGCAGGCCCGAGUGUGUCACUAACUCUGAAUGUCCUUCGAAUAGGGCCUGUACUAAUCAAAAGUGCCAAGACCCCUGUCCGGGAGUGUGUGGCCAUAACGCUAUCUGCAAUGUCAUAUCACAUACUGCCAUGUGUCUAUGUGCUCCUGGCUACACAGGAGAUCCCUUUACUGGCUGCACCUUGCCACCCAUACGACAGCUUGACCACACUUCGCCUUGCCUACCGAACCCUUGUGGUGCCAAUGCCAUUUGUCGACAAGAAAAUAAUGCCGGAUCUUGCCAAUGCCUACGCGACUACUUUGGCAAUCCCUAUGAAGGUUGUCGCCCAGAAUGUGUGGCCAAUUCUGAUUGUGCCUCUAAUAAGGCUUGUGUUAACCAAAAAUGCCGCGAUCCUUGCCCUGGAGUGUGUGGUCUUAACGCCAUAUGCAGUGUGGUCAAUCAUUUGGCCACAUGCCAAUGUCUAGGCGAGUACAUUGGUGAUCCCUAUCGGUACUGUCAAAUGCCUGAGAAACCUAUGAUUAAGGAAUACGUCAACCCUUGCCAACCUUCGCCCUGCGGUCCCAACUCUCAAUGUCGCGAGGUAAAUCAGCAAGCGGUCUGCUCCUGCUUGCCCGAUUACAUGGGAACCCCACCCUCAUGUAGGCCGGAAUGUACCAGCAACUCUGAGUGCAGCUACGACAAGGCGUGCGUGAAUCAAAAAUGUGUAGAUCCUUGUCCAGGUGCCUGCGGCAGCAAUGCUGAGUGCAGGGUAUUCAGUCAUUCGCCUAUUUGUACUUGUCUCCCAGGCUAUACAGGAAAUGCGUUUACCCGUUGUUAUCCUAUGCCGAAACCUUCCCCUGCGCCAGUGCCUCAAAGAGAUAUAUCACCAAAUCCUUGUCUACCUUCGCCCUGCGGUCAAUAUGCCCAGUGUCGUGACACAGGCGGAGCACCGUCUUGCUCUUGUCUACCCUCUUACUUGGGCUCCCCACCCAACUGUCGACCUGAAUGCACGAUCAACUCUGAUUGCCCCAGAUCAAUGGCUUGUAUUUCGCAAAAAUGUCAAGAUCCUUGCCCGGGAGCAUGUGGUUUCAAUGCCGAAUGCCAUGUCAUCAAUCACAUGCCGACAUGCCAAUGUGCCUUGGGCUUCAUUGGAGAUGCCUUUGUUAAUUGCCAUGCAGCACCUCGCCAGCCCCCAGUCAAGGAGGAUGACCCAUGUGUGCCUUCUCCAUGCGGCGUCAACGCUAUAUGUCGCCAAGGGCAAUGUUCAUGUCCACCCGAAUACCAAGGAAAUCCACUGGUGCGUUGCCAACCGGAAUGCGUUUUGAAUUCAGAUUGCCCAAGCAACAAGGCUUGCAUGAAUCAAAAGUGCCAAGACCCCUGCCCUGGUACCUGUGCCUCAAAUGCAAUUUGUGAGACACAUCAACAUGUCGCCAUGUGUUAUUGCCCUGAAGGUAUGACCGGCAAUGCAUUCACACAGUGCAUACCGCUACCACCGGUGAGAGUAAGCCAACCAUGCCAACCAUCGCCCUGUGGUCCCAACUCUCAGUGCCGCAUACUCAACGAGCAGGCGGUCUGUUCAUGUUUACCCGAUUAUAUAGGAGCACCGCCCACUUGCCGCCCAGAAUGUAACUCCAACAAUGAAUGUCCUUUAAGCAAGGCAUGCCUACAACAGAAAUGCCGCGAUCCCUGUCCGGGCUCAUGUGGCAUUAAUACAGAAUGCUCAGUGCACAAUCACAGCCCGAUUUGCCGUUGCCUUCCAGGCUUCAGUGGCAAUCCAUUUAUAGGUUGCGAACGUAUGCAAAUUAUUCCUCUGCUAGAUUCGCCCAAAAAACCCAAAGAUCCUUGUCGCCCCUCGCCCUGUGGCCCGAACUCUGAAUGCCGCCCAGUAGGUGAUAGCCCUUCGUGUUCAUGCCUUAAAGACUUUGUGGGAACACCGCCGAACUGUCGACCAGAGUGUACAACAAAUUCCGAGUGUGCCCAUAAUCUGGCUUGCAAAAAUCAACAUUGCAGUGAUCCAUGCCCCGGUGUCUGCGGUUCUAAUGCUCAAUGUCGAGUCAUAAACCACACCCCAAUGUGUUAUUGUGAUAGCGGCUAUACGGGAGAUCCGUUCUCCAUAUGUUCGCCAGUGCGAGAGAGUUCCCCUGAGGUGGUAAGACCUUGUCAGCCCAACCCUUGUGGUGCCAACGCUGAGUGUACGGAACGCAAUGGCGUAGGUGCUUGCCAAUGUUUGGCAGAAUUCUUUGGCAACCCCUACGAAGGUUGCCGCCCCGAGUGCGUCUUAAACUCCGAUUGUCCUGCCCAUUUAGCAUGUGUACAUAACAAAUGCAAAAAUCCUUGUCCAGGAACCUGCGGUCGCAAUGCCGAGUGCCAUGUGCGCAAUCAUUUGCCUUCGUGUAACUGUAUCAAUGGCUACACCGGUGAUCCUUACAUGUAUUGCAAUCUACAACCAGAACCUGUAUUCGAUGUUAGCGAUCCCUGCCAACCCUCACCCUGUGGCCCUAAUUCUCAAUGCCGCGAAAUACAAAACCAAGCGGUAUGCUCUUGUUUGCCUACAUUUGUGGGUCAACCACCAGCAUGUCGUCCCGAAUGUACCAUUUCCAGUGAAUGCGCCUUCGAUAAGGCAUGUCUGAGCCAAAAGUGUGUAGAUCCUUGCCCAGGUACUUGUGGCCAUAAUGCCGAGUGUCGAGUGCGCAAUCACAGUCCAUUAUGUAGCUGCAAGCCGGGUUUCACGGGAGAUGCUUUCCUUAGAUGUUUGCCAAUACCACCGAAACGUAAGAUUUAUUUGGAAGUCAGGAACCUUCACCGUGUAUACAAACUACAUUUAACUUUCACAACAGCCACAAGCCCCAUAGUUCUCAAGGAGGAAGUUCGAGAUCCUUGUGUACCCUCGCCAUGUGGUACGAACUCGCAGUGUCGUGUGCUUAACCAGCAAGCUGCUUGCUCGUGCCUGCCCAGCUACUUUGGUUCUCCCCCCAAUUGUCGACCUGAAUGCACCAUCAAUGCGGAUUGUUCAUCAAAUUUAGCUUGCAUCAAUGAAAAAUGCCGAGAUCCUUGCCCGGGAUCCUGUGGUCUCUCAGCCUUAUGUUCGGUUGUUACACAUACGCCCAUUUGCUCCUGUCCCUCGGGUUAUGUGGGUGAUCCAUUUGUGUCUUGUGUGCCUCAACCACCACAACAGGAUCCAAUACCCAAAGAUCCUUGCCAUCCCUCGCCUUGUGGUUCGAAUGCCCAAUGCCAGAAUGGCCAGUGUACUUGUCUUGAGGGGUACCAAGGCAAUCCUUUUGUGGGUUGCCGUCCCGAGUGUGUUCUGAAUAGUGAUUGCCCACGUGACAAGGCUUGCGUAAGCAACAAAUGCCAGGAUCCCUGUCCAGGCACUUGUGGCAUAGGAGCCUUAUGUGAAGUUAUCAAUCAUAUACCCAUGUGCAGGUGUCCCCAACAAAUGACAGGCAAUGCCUUUGUCCAAUGUGUGAUGGUGGAAAUUCCAAAACAACCGGACCACCCUUGCCAACCUAGUCCUUGUGGACCUAAUUCCCAGUGCCGCGAAUUAAAUGGUCAAGCCGUUUGCUCCUGUUUGCCCACUUAUCUGGGUUCACCACCCUAUUGUCGACCUGAGUGUAGCAUCAAUUCCGACUGUGCCCCUCACCAGGCUUGUGUUAAUCAGAAAUGCCAAGAUCCCUGCCCAGGAUCUUGUGGACUGCGUGCCGAAUGUCAGGUCGUUAAUCAUGUGCCCCAUUGUAAGUGUCCACCUGGUUAUACAGGCAAUGCAUUCCAAUUAUGCCAAUUGCUGCCACCACCUCCGGUCAAGAUUCAAGAAGAGCCUGUGAAUCCUUGUGUUCCCUCCCCCUGUGGUCCCAAUUCGGAGUGUCGCGUAGAGAAGGGUUCUGCUUCCUGUUCCUGCUUGCCCAAUUACAUUGGAGCUCCUCCUGCCUGCCGACCUGAGUGCAUUAGUUCUUCAGAGUGUGCCACAACUUUGGCCUGCAUCAAUAUGAAGUGCCGCGAUCCCUGUCCGGGAGUCUGUGGCGAGUCUGCUAUUUGUCAAGUCGUCAGCCAUACCCCGUCAUGCCUUUGCGUCAACGGCUACAUCGGAGAUCCCUUCACUCGAUGCCACCCUCAGCCCCAAAUCGAAAGAGAACAGGUUAACCCCUGUUCCCCCAGCCCUUGUGGCAGCAACGCUGUGUGCCGCGAAAGAAGCGGAGCUGGGGCCUGCCAGUGUCUACCCGAAUACUUUGGCAAUCCCUAUGAAGGAUGCCGUCCAGAAUGUGUUCUCAAUUCCGAUUGCCCCUCUAAUAAGGCUUGCGUUGGUGAAAAAUGUCGUGAUCCCUGCCCCGGUGUCUGUGGCCAGAAUGCGCUGUGCAGCGCCAUUAAUCAUCUGCCCUCGUGUUCCUGCUACGAUGGCUAUACUGGAGAUCCCUACAGUUAUUGCAAUGUCAUUAGAGAACCCAUACGAGAAUACGUCAAUCCCUGUGAGCCAUCGCCCUGUGGGCCCAACUCACAGUGCACUGAAGUAAACGGCCAAGCCAUGUGUGCCUGCUUGCCAGAAUAUGUCGGUCUUCCGCCGAGCUGUAGACCAGAAUGUACUGUCAAUUCUGAGUGUCCCGCCCUUAAGGCUUGUAUCAAUCGUAAAUGUGAGGAUCCCUGUCCUGGCGUGUGUGGCUUGCAAGCCGAAUGUAGGGUUAUCAACCAUGCGCCCAUUUGUAGCUGCAUUUCCGGCUAUACAGGAAAUGCAUUUACAAGGUGCUAUCUCACACCCCCUUUGCCACCUCCAGCACGUGAACCCUAUCGAGAUCCCUGCGUACCUUCUCCCUGCGGCCAGUAUGGCCAGUGUAGAGUCAUCAACGAAAAUCAGUAUAGCUGCAGUUGUUUACCCUCCUAUGUGGGUUCACCUCCCAAUUGUCGGCCGGAAUGUGUACUCAACUCUGAUUGUCCCAGCCAAGAGGCUUGCCUCAAUGAGCAUUGCAAAGAUCCUUGUCCCGGUUCUUGUGGCCUAAGUGCCCUAUGUACGGUUAUAAACCACGUCCCCAAUUGUGUUUGUGGUCCAGGCUACACAGGAGAUCCUUUCACUCGCUGUGCACCAGAACUACCCAAGCCAGCACCUGCUCCCCCCAUCGCCGAUGAUCCUUGUCAACCUUCACCGUGUGGGCCUAAUGCCGAGUGUCAUGAUGGCUCGUGUUCUUGUCUCCCCGAAUACCAAGGCGAUCCCUAUAGGGGUUGUAGGCCCGAAUGUAUUUUAAAUUCGGAAUGCCCUCGCAAUUUAGCCUGUAUGAAUCAGAAGUGUAGCGAUCCUUGCGUGGGCACAUGUGCUUCAAAUGCCAUUUGUACAGUACAUAUACAUGUGCCCAUGUGCCAUUGUCCUGACGAUAUGGAAGGUGAUGCCUUUGCCUUAUGCCGACCCAAGCCCAAAAAAGUAGAGCCCAGCAAUCCAUGUCAGCCCUCACCUUGUGGCCCUAACUCUCAGUGUCGAGAAAAGAACGGUUUGGCAAUUUGUUCUUGUCUGCCACAAAUGAUAGGUUCUCCCCCCUCUUGUCGUCCCGAGUGUGUAAGUGAUUCCGAGUGUUCGCCCCAGUAUGCAUGUGUCAAUCAGCAAUGUCAAGAUCCUUGUCCCGGAAGUUGUGGUCAUCAAGCCCUGUGUCAUGUUGUCAAUCACAAUCCAACUUGCUCUUGCCCCACAGGAUACACUGGCAGUCCUUUUGUAGCUUGCCAGCCCAUAGUUCAAACCCCUCCUCAGUACGAAGAACCUGUAAAUCCUUGUAUACCCUCGCCUUGUGGUCCACAUUCGGAAUGUAAUGCGGUGCAAGGUUCUGCCUCUUGCAAAUGUUUGUCUACGUACCAAGGUUCGCCGCCGUAUUGUCGCCCUGAGUGUGUAACGAAUUCCGAAUGUCCCUCGAGCCAAGCCUGCAUUAAUCAAAAAUGCCGAGAUCCUUGCCUAGGAGUAUGUGGCCAUCAAGCUGAAUGUCGCACCCUCAAUCAUAUACCCAUGUGCUUGUGUCCAUCAGGCUACGAGGGUGAUCCCUUCACCAAUUGUCGUCAAAGUAUAGCUCGGCCAGAAACAACACCAACGGCUGUGGCCCAGCCCAGGCCUGUGCUGCAAGAACACAUAGAACCUUGUGUUCCAAAUCCUUGUGGGCCCAACGCCGAAUGUCUCUCUAAUAACCGAGUGGGUUCUUGUAUUUGCUUGCGCAACUUCUUUGGAAACCCUUAUGAGGGUUGCCGUCCGGAAUGUGUAUUGAAUUCCGAUUGUCCCAGCUCCAAAUCUUGCAUACAAACCAAAUGUCAAGAUCCUUGCCCAGGAAUCUGCGGUCAGAAUGCCCUUUGUCAUGUAACAAAUCACCUGCCCUCGUGUAACUGCUACUCGGGUUACACAGGAGAUCCGUAUCGCAUUUGUCAUGCUGUACAAGAAAGGGAUCCUAUAGAAUACGUUAAUCCCUGUGUUCCCUCACCCUGUGGUCCCAAUAGUCAAUGUCGCGAAAUUAGGCAACAAGCUGUUUGUUCUUGCCUACCCGAGUUUGUGGGCACCCCACCCGCUUGCCGACCUGAGUGUACCACAAAUAAUGAAUGUGAAUUUAGUAAGGCAUGUAUAAAUCGUAAAUGUCAAGACCCCUGUCCGGGAGCCUGCGGUCUAAAUGCAGAGUGUCGCGUUAUCAAUCACAAUCCCAUAUGUUCAUGUCUACCCGAGUACGUGGGAGAUGCAUUUACCGGAUGUUAUCCCCAGCCACCACGUAAGAUGAGAAUUGAACCCAUUGAACGAAUGGAAAUAGUUUUUAUUUCACAAUUCUCCAUUUCAUGUACUUUAGCCAUACGCGAUAUACCAGUAGGUAUAACCCAGCAGCCCCAAUAUCCCAUAACCUCGCGGCCACCAAUUGUAUACGAGGAAUCGAGACCUACAAGACCAACACCGGUGCCAGCUACCACUCCUCUUGCCCCCUUGCUAGUGACCAGAAAACCCUUGCCGACAUAUCAACCUGCUGUAAUAGCUGAGGAGCCCAUAAAUCCAUGCUAUCCUUCUCCUUGCGGCCUCCAUGCACAAUGUCAAAAUCGCCAAGGCAUAGCCAUCUGUUCGUGCUUACCCAGUUACAUAGGCACACCGCCAAAUUGUCGCCCAGAGUGUGCAAUUAACGCGGAUUGUCCAGCUCAUUUGGCAUGUUUCAACAGCAAAUGCUCAGAUCCCUGUCCUGGAUCUUGUGGCUUCCGUGCCAUGUGCCAUGUUGUCAACCAUGUGCCCAAUUGUGUAUGCCAGUCAGGCUUAACUGGUGAUCCUUUUACAGAAUGCCACGCCCCCAAAUUUGUUGUCAAAUAUAAUGAAAGUCCUUCGCCAUCAUAUCCAAAAGAUCCCUGUAUACCGUCACCUUGCGGUGGAAAUGCCGAAUGCCACGAAGGCACUUGUUCCUGCCUGCCGGAAUAUCAUGGCGAUCCCUAUGUGGGUUGUAGGCCAGAAUGUGUUCUCAACUCUGAUUGCCCGCGCAAUCGGGCGUGUAUCAAUCGCAAAUGUCAAGAUCCUUGCCCGGGUACCUGUGGCAAUCAAGCCCUCUGCCAAGUGGUCAAUCACAUACCCCUAUGCUCCUGUCCUCAGGGCAUGACUGGCAAUGCUUUUGUUAAUUGUGAACCCAUACGCAACGUUGAACCCAUAGCUGAAGAUCCCGUUCGAAAUCCUUGCCAUCCCACACCUUGCGGUCCCAAUUCCCACUGUCAUGAGGUUAGAGGCCAGGCCGUUUGUAGUUGUAUAGCUGGAUAUUUUGGUACUCCUCCCAGCUGCCGUCCCGAAUGCUCCUCGAAUUCCGACUGCCCUGGCGACAAAUAUUGUCUAAAUCAAAAGUGCAGAGACACUUGCGUGGGAGCUUGUGGUGUACGGGCCUUGUGUCGAGCCUAUGAUCAUUUGCCCCGUUGCUACUGUCCUUCGAGAUAUGAGGGCAAUCCCUACGUGCAGUGUUCACCCAUAGUGGAACCUUUACCACCACCGCCAAAAGUCAUUGAAGAUGUACCAGUUAAUCCCUGUCAACCCUCACCUUGCGGCCCCUAUUCUCAGUGUUCUGUAGGGCAAGAUAACAAGGCCAAGUGUGCUUGUCUUAGAGACUAUGUGGGUCAACCACCAUAUUGCCGUCCUGAGUGUGUGAGCAGUGCCGAGUGUCCUUCCUUCCAGGCCUGUGUCAAUGAGAAAUGUAUUGACCCUUGCCCUGGAUCAUGUGGCCAUAAAGCCGAAUGUCGUGUCAUCUCUCAUACGGCUAUGUGUUAUUGUCCCACUGGUCUUGUUGGAGAUCCAUUUGUGCAAUGUGUCCCACAGCAAGAUCCUCCGGUAGAAAUAAGCAUACCUUGCAGUCCCAGUCCUUGCGGCUUGAAUGCCAUAUGUCGUGCCCAACGAGGUUUGAGCACCUGCCAAUGUCUGCCCAACUACUAUGGCAACCCCUAUGAAGCCUGCCGUCCAGAAUGUUUGCGCAAUGCCGAUUGUCCUUCCAACAAAGCUUGUCGAAAUGAGAAAUGUCACAAUCCAUGUCCUGGAACAUGUGGCCACAAUGCUCAUUGUUAUGUGGUCAAUCAUGUUCCAAAUUGCGUAUGCUUAACGGGCUAUGAAGGUGAUCCCUAUAGCCAGUGUAUACGAUCUUUGUAUGAACCCAAGCCUCCAGUGUAUGUGAAUCCUUGUGAGCCUUCGCCGUGCGGUGCGAAUGCCCAGUGCCGUGAAGUAAAUGGUCAAGCUGUCUGCUCAUGUCUGCCCGAGUUUAUGGGCAGCCCACCAGCCUGUCGUCCGGAAUGUGUGGUCAGUUCGGAGUGUCCUUCGGAUAGGGCUUGCAUCAAGCAGAAAUGUCAAGAUCCUUGUCCUGGAGCAUGUGGCAUCAACGCCGAGUGUCAUGUACGCAGCCACAGUCCAUUGUGUUCCUGCAAACCAGGCUACACCGGAGAAGCCUUCACCCGUUGUCUACCCAUACCGGAGCGUAAAAAGGAUGAAAUACCGCCGCCUCCAGUCAAUCCCUGCCUGCCUUCACCCUGCGGACCCUACUCUCAAUGUCGAGAAUUGAAUGGCAUGGCCUCCUGCAGUUGUUUGCCAAAUUACAUCGGCUCGGCUCCCAAUUGUCGACCAGAGUGCACCAUCAAUUCGGAGUGUGCCAGUAACCAGGCUUGCAUUAAUGAAAAAUGUCGGGAUCCUUGUCCGGGCUCCUGUGGUUUUGAUGCUUUGUGUAAUGUUAUCAAUCACACGCCCAGCUGUUCGUGUCCCACCGGCUACACUGGUGAUCCGUUUAGCAGUUGUCGUCUCUUGCCCCCACCACCGCCCAUAAAACCCAAAGAACCAAUUGAUCCCUGCAAUCCCUCACCCUGUGGCUCCAAUUCUGUAUGCCAAAACGGCAAAUGUUCUUGUCUACCCGAAUAUCAUGGCGAUCCUUACAUUGGCUGUCGCCCAGAGUGUGUUCUCAGUUCGGAUUGUGCCCGCAACCGAGCCUGCGUUCGCAACAAAUGUAUUGACCCUUGUCCCGGCACCUGUGGCCAAAAUGCUUUGUGUGAUGUCACCAAUCACAUAGCCAUGUGUCGCUGUCCCGAACGCAUGACUGGCAAUGCCUUUGUGGCCUGCGAACCUGUACGCGAUGUAGUACCCCAAAAUCCCUGCCAGCCUUCUCCUUGUGGCCCCAAUUCGCAGUGUAUUGAACGAAACGGCAACGCGGUUUGCUCCUGCAUCACCGGAUACAUGGGCAAUCCACCCAAUUGUAGAUUGGAAUGUUACGCCAGCUCAGACUGUGCACCCAUACACGCUUGCAUUAAUAACAAAUGUGUGGAUCCCUGUCCCGGCAAGUGUGGUUUGAAUGCCGAAUGUCAAGCUGUGCAACAUCGUGCCCAUUGCGAGUGUUUGCGUGGCUACGAGGGUAAUCCCUAUGUAGUUUGUAAUCGCAUAGAAAUACGCCAUGAACCACCUCAAAAGCCCACUGAUCCUUGUCGUCCCUCCCCUUGUGGCCCCAAUUCGCAGUGUACUGCAGUUAAUGGUCAGGCCAAGUGUUCAUGCUUACCCGAAUUUGUGGGCUCGGCCCCCAAUUGCCGCCCCGAAUGCACCAGCAAUGAUGAUUGCACCAACAAUCUGGCCUGUAUCAAUCAAAAAUGUCGCGAUCCAUGUCCUGGUUCUUGUGGAUUUAAUGCCAACUGCAUUGUUACACUCCACAUGGCGAACUGUCAUUGUCCAGCGGGUAUGACUGGCGAUCCUUUCCGCAUGUGUUACGAGCGUAAAGAAAUUUUACCACCACAACGUGAGGAGCCCAAGAAUCCUUGCCAACCCUCACCGUGUGGCAGCAACGCUGAAUGCCGCAUUAGAGGCUCUGGCUUUACCUGCGAAUGCGUCCGCGACUACAUCGGCAAUCCCUAUGACGGCUGUCGUCCAGAGUGUGUGGGCAACUCAGAGUGCUCAGCGAAUCGUGCUUGUAUACGCCAGAAAUGCGCAGAUCCCUGCCCUGGAACGUGCGGCGUCGAGGCUGUCUGCUCUGUCAACAAUCACAUACCCAUUUGCUCUUGCCCCAAUGGCUAUACAGGCAAUGCUUUUGUGCAAUGUUCGCCAAUUGUAAUCGAAGAGCUUCCAAAGGAGAGCCGUGAUCCCUGUUAUCCCACACCAUGUGGCCAAAAUACAAUUUGCCGUGUACAAGGCAAGCAGGCUGUUUGUGAAUGCUUACCCGGAUUCUUUGGCAACCCCUAUGGCCAGGAAUGUAGGCCGGAGUGUACGCUCAGCUCGGACUGCGCCAAGAACAAGGCCUGUGUCAACAACAAAUGUGUCGAUCCCUGCCCCGGAGUUUGCGGCUAUGGUGCUGUAUGCCAAACGGUCAAUCACAAUCCCAUUUGCAGUUGUCCCACGCCAUUGAUAGGCAAUCCUAUUUCGGAAUGUCACGAAGCUCCCAAACAAGCAGAGCCCGUUGAUCCCUGCAAUCCAUCGCCCUGUCGCACAAAUGGCAUUUGCCGUGUCCACAAUGGUCUUGCCACUUGCACCUAUCCCGAAUGUGUUGUCAACGAUGAUUGCUCCCGCGAUCGAGCAUGUGUCAACCAGAAAUGCCGUGAUCCUUGCAUCAACGCUUGUGGCCUCAAUGCCAUCUGUACCAGCAUCAAUCAUAAGGCUGUGUGUACUUGCCCCUCUGGAUUCUAUGGGUCUCCUUAUAACCACUGUCAACAACAAGUGGAGGUAGUGCGAGUCCCCAAGCCCGAAUGCGUCUCCGACAACGAUUGCAGCAAUGACAAGGCUUGUGUCAACCAGCAGUGCAAGAAUCCUUGUGAACUCGGCAACAUAUGUGGCCAAAACGCCCGCUGUCAUAUCCAAUUGCAUAGACCCCUAUGUGUAUGCAACGAAGGCUAUACGGGUAAUGCUUUGAAUAACUGCUACCUAAUUGGUUGUCGUUCGGACGAGGAGUGUCCUGCCACCGAGGCCUGCAUCAAUAAACAAUGUACCGAUUCAUGUCUCUACACGCAGUGCGGUAUUCAAGCUUUGUGUCGCUCAGACUAUAAUCACAAGGCCAGAUGUCACUGUCCCGAUGGUUACCGUGGAAAUCCUUUGAUCCGUUGUGAACGACCCGAAUGUACCCAAGACGAGGAGUGUGCCUUCAAUUUGGCCUGCCGCAAUGAACGCUGUGAGGAUCCCUGCAACUGUGGUGUGAAUGCCCAAUGCCGAGUCAACAACCAUCGAGCCCAAUGCAGAUGUCCUCCAGGCUAUGUGGGUAACCCCAGUGUGCGCUGUGACAUCGAAGAGGUCAAGGUUGCUCCCCAAUGUACCAUGGAUGCUGAUUGCAGCAGUAAAUUGGCUUGCUUCAGUGGCGAAUGUAAGAACCCAUGUGUGGUCACCAAACCAUGUGGAGCCAAUGCCGUGUGUUCCGUCGUUGACACCUUGCCCUUAAGGACCAUGAUGUGCGAAUGUGAGCCCGGUUAUGUUGGUGAUGCCGAUGUGGGUUGCCGCAAGGAACCCGUUCGUGACCAGGGAUGCCGAUCGAAUGAGGAAUGCCCUACAACGGAGGCUUGUCGCAAUGGUAAUUGUGUUAAUCCUUGCAUUGAUGCUUCGCCAUGUGCUCGCAGUGCCGAAUGUUUGGCCCAACAACAUAGGGCUAUAUGUACCUGCCCUCAAGGAACUCAGGGAGAUCCUUUCGUCAACUGUUAUCAGCCACCUCAAAUCACAACUGGAUGCACGCAUGACUCUGAUUGUCCUUUCUCUCAAGCUUGCAUCAACAAACGCUGCCAGGAUCCAUGCGCCGAGAGUAAUCCUUGUGCUGGAAAUGCUGAAUGUCGCGUUCUAAAUAAUCGUCCUAUAUGCUCCUGUCCAUCUGGAUGGGGAGGCGAUCCGCAAGUGCAAUGCUUUAAACCUGAAUGUAAGAUCAAUGCUGAUUGUCCCUAUGACAAGGCGUGUAUUAAUGAGAAUUGCGUCAAUCCUUGUACCUACGGCGCCACCCAAUGCGGCAGCAAUGCUUUGUGCGAGCCACAAAAUCACCAAGCCAUUUGUGUGUGUCCACCUGGUACCCAGGGCAAUCCCUUCACAUCUUGCAUCACUGGACACUGUCAAUACAACGAGGAUUGUGCCGAUCAUGAGGCAUGCGAUCGUCUGAAUCGUGUUUGCCGACCCGUUUGUGACGAGGAUACAUGUACCGUUAACGCUGUCUGUGUGGCUAGGCGUCAUCAGCCGUUGUGUCAAUGCCGUGCUGGUUUCACCGGAAAUCCAUAUCAGGAAUGUUCGAUGCCCAAACAACCGCCGGUGUUGAAACCCAAGCCUGAAUGUACCCAAGAUGCUGAUUGUCCCUCACAGUUAGCCUGUAUCCAACAGAAAUGCGCCAACCCUUGUGCCACUCCACAUGUUUGUACUCCUCGACAAACGUGCACAGUGCUGGACACCUUACCGUUGCGAACAAUGAUUUGCAAGUGUCCCAGCGAUACUAUAACCGAUAAUUCCGGCAAUUGUGUGCCCAUACAGCACGACGUUAGCGUUGGCUGCCAACACAAUGACGAAUGUGCGAACACUGAGGUGUGCCAGAGAGGAAAUUGUAUUGAUGCCUGCCGUUUGGAAAGAUGUGGUGUCAAUGCUCAAUGCUCCUCCCGAGAUCACUAUGCCCAGUGCACUUGCCCCAAGGGAUACGAAGGAAAUCCUCGCGUCGAAUGCAGAGGCGUAACAUAUGUUCAGCCUAAGAUUCCCAUACAGGUGGAAUGUAUCAACAACGAUGACUGUCCCAACGACAAGACAUGUCGCAACUCGCAUUGUAUCAAUCCUUGUGUUGGAAACCCUUGCGGUCGUGCUGCUUACUGCCAUGUACAAAAUAGAGAAGCUGUCUGCCGUUGUCCACCAGGUUACACUGGCGAUGUAAGACAAGCUUGUGUGCCACCACGUGAUGUUAUAACCGUCGGAUGCAAAUCCAACUCGGACUGUCCCACCUCCGAAUCAUGCUUUAAUGAGAAAUGUGUUAACCCAUGUAACUGCGGGCCCAACGCCGACUGCAAGGUGCGCAAUCAUCACCCGAUUUGCUAUUGUAAGCCCGGCUACUCAGGCAAUGCUCAAUACGGUUGCGCCGUCAUUGGUUGUCAAUCGGAUGAUGAAUGCUCCAGCGAUCAGCAAUGUCUCAACAGAGAGUGUGUAAACCCAUGCUUGAUCAGCGAUCCUUGCGCUCUGAAUGCUGAAUGUUAUGGCCGCAAUCACAGGGCAACUUGUCGCUGUCCCGCAGGCAUGCAAGGAGAUCCAUUUACACGCUGCAUACGUGUGGAGUGUAACUCUGACUAUGAUUGUGCCUCGAACCAGGCUUGUGUAAGCAACAUAUGCAUUAAUCCGUGCCGCGACCAAGAUAAUCCUUGUGCCCAAAAUGCCAUAUGUCAAGCUCUGCAACACAGGGCUGUCUGCAGAUGUCCCGAGAAUAUGCCGUUGGGUAAUCCGUUUGCCUACUGUGAAGUCAGGCCUCAAGAACCAGUCUGCCGUGACGAUGGCGAUUGCCCCAGCGGAUUGGCUUGCAUUGAUGUGAAAUGCCAGAACCCUUGCACUGAGUUGUCACCAUGUGCCAGCUCGGCCCAGUGCAGCGUGUUGGACAGCGUGCCUGUCCGCACCAUGGUAUGUGAAUGUCCUGCUUCCUAUGUUCCUGAUGCGCGCGGCGAAUGCAAACAAGUUGUAUUGCAAAGUCCACCUGGCUGCACAUCGGACUCUGACUGUAACGAUCAGGAGGCUUGCAUCAAUAGACAAUGCCGCAAUCCUUGCAACUGUGGAACGAACGCCCUAUGCCAAGUCAGUAAUCACCGUGCCACUUGCUCUUGCCAAGAUGGUUUUGAAGGAAAUCCCUACACCUUGUGUAGAUCAAUUGGCUGUCGCGUUGACAGCGAAUGUGACUCGGGCAAGGCUUGUGUUAAUGGCAAUUGCAUUAAUCCCUGCCUAGUUAACGAUCCCUGCGGCAUAAACGCUGAAUGUUAUGUCCAAUCGAACCGGGCCAUGUGCAGAUGUAAGAGUGGCUUCCGCGGCAAUGCCUAUGAGAGAUGCCGCGUUAUUGGUUGCCAGUCCAACAAUGACUGCCCCUCAGAUAAGUACUGCUACAACGAACAGUGUGUUAAUCCUUGCGUCUACCAGAACACGUGCUCACCACGAGCCGAGUGCCGAGCCCAAAAUCACCUGGCCAUAUGUCGCUGUCCCGCUGGAUUCAUUGGUAAUCCCUAUGUGGACUGUUCACCAGAAAUACAACCAACCUGCCGUCUCGAUACCGAUUGCCCUGCGCGCCUGGCCUGUAUUGGCAAUGAAUGUGUUGAUCCUUGCCUGAUACUUGAACCCUGCCACCGACCUGCACAAUGUGAAGUAACACCCACCUCGCCUGUAAGAACUAUGAUUUGCGUAUGCCCCGAUGGCUAUAUCAGCAGUGGCAGCGGAACUUGCCAACCCACAAAGACUGUCAUUGAAGUGGGAGGUUGCAUAGCCGACUCCGAUUGUCCCAAUGACAAAUCUUGCGUUAAUGGAGUUUGUCGCGAUCCUUGCAACUGUGGCCUCAAUGCCGAGUGUCGCAUUAAAGAUCACAAGCCUGUGUGCACUUGUCGCCAGGGCUAUGAAGGAAACCCCGAGUUUGAAUGCUCCAAAGUUGAAUGUUCCAUCAAUUCUGACUGUCCCACAACCCAUGCUUGUCGCAAUAAUCUCUGUGUACCCGCCUGCCAAGGUGAACAAUGUGGUUCGAAUGCCCAGUGCUUGGCCAUGGAUCAUCGUGCCGUUUGCCAAUGUAUUCCGGGCUUCAGAGGAAACGCUCGCAUAUCAUGUACUCCAUUGGGUUGCAGAAGUGACAAUGAAUGUCCCAUGGACAAGGCCUGUGUAAACGGAAAAUGCGAGAAUCCCUGCGAAACGACGGCCGUCUGUGCCAUUGACGAAGUAUGCAAAGUAUACCAACACCAUCCACAAUGCGCCUGUCCACCCGGAACUGUAGCUAGACGCAAUGGCUGUGAAGUUGAGCGUAAUAUACCGAUUUGUCAAUACGAUGGUGAUUGUCCCAGCCAAACUGCCUGCAUCAGAGGAGAAUGUAUCAAUCCUUGCAAUGCCACCCAACCUUGCGGCGUCAAUGCCAAAUGCAAGGUCUUGGACACCGUACCUGUUCGAACCAUGAUCUGUGAAUGUUUGGAAGGCUAUACCGGAAAUGCUGCCAUUCAGUGCGACAAACGUGUCGUAUGUGUCAUCGAAAAGGGCUUUGUGCGUGAUAUCGAUGGACAAUGUGUUUGUCCUCCGGGAACCGCUUUGGAUAUCUAUGAGUACUGCACCCCUUGCAUAGCCGAACAAGGUUUCAGAAUCGAUGAGACCGGCCACUGUGUGUGCGCUUUGGAGAAAGGCUUCGUCAUAGAUGAACGCGGUCAUUGUAUUUGCCCCACCAACCAUGGAUAUCGUCUGACAAGCAGUGGCGAAUGUAUACCCGACAACAAGCCCGAAUGUGAAACCAACGAGGACUGUGCCGAUAACCGCUAUUGCCAUGGUGAGACCAAGACCUGUGAAGAUCCUUGCCUGCUCAAGACCUGUGGUGUCAACGCCUUCUGUAAUGCCAUCAACCAUCGUGCCCAAUGCCAAUGUAUUGCCGGUUAUUCUGGUAAUCCAGAUCUAAUAUGUAACCAUACCAACUUCCGCACUGAUUUUCCACGCCCAGACAUGGUAGUGUCAUGUUUGGCCGAUGGUGUCCAAGUCGAAAUCCACAUAACCGAACCAGCCUUCAAUGGUGUGUUGUAUGUCAAGGGUCACAGCAAGGACGAAGAGUGCAGACGUGUUGUCAACUUGGCCGGGGAGACGGUGCCACGUACCGAAAUUUUCCGUGUACACUUUGGAAGCUGUGGCAUGCAGGCUGUCAAGGAUGUGGCCAGCUUUGUCUUGGUCAUACAGAAACAUCCCAAAUUGGUGACCUACAAGGCUCAGGCUUACAAUAUCAAAUGUGUCUAUCAGACAGGCGAAAAGAAUGUCACGCUAGGCUUUAAUGUGUCCAUGUUGACCACGGCAGGCACCAUAGCCAAUACAGGUCCACCACCGAUUUGUCAAAUGAGAAUCAUAACGCACGAGGGUGAAGAAAUCAACUCUGCCGAAAUUGGAGAUAACCUGAAACUACAAGUGGAUGUUGAACCAGCAACUAUUUAUGGAGGCUUUGCUCGUUCCUGCAUAGCCAAGACAAUGGAGGAUAAUGUCGAAAAUGAAUACAUUGUCACCGAUGAAAAUGGCUGCGCCACCGAUCCUUCCAUAUUCGGCGAUUGGGAAUACAAUCCAGAUACCAACAGUCUGUUGGCCAAUUUCAAUGCCUUCAAGUUCCCCUCAUCGGACAACAUACGCUUCCAGUGUAACAUACGCGUGUGCUUUGGCAAAUGUCAACCUGUGAAUUGUCGUGGCUACAAUGCCUUUGGACGUCGUCGCCGUCGUUCCAUUGCUGACAACUCUACCAAUGAUUCCACGGCCAUAGCCACAAACACCGGCAUGGAAGGUCAACUACGCGAAGAGAUAACCAUAUCUUCAAACGCCAUAUUAACAUUUGAAAAGAGAACAACAACAGGAGCUAAUGAUGCAAAUAUUAAACCUUCGGCUCAAAGGGUUGAGGAUAUAUGCGUAUCGAUGGUGGGUUUGAUUAUUGCCUUGGUAAUCACUGCCCUUUUGGCCUUGGUCGCAGUUGCAGUAGCUGUUUCCUGCUGGCUCAUGGCCUACAGAAGAAGACCCAAAACCUUGGCACCUCUACCUCAUCCACCAGAGUUUCCCAACCCGUUGUUCACCAACCCCGAAGUAGUGCCAGAACCAACACCAGACUAUCUAUCGUAAGAUAUAGAAAUUUACUCAAAUUUAAUACAAAAUUAAGACGUACAAGUAAAAACUAAAAAUCAUUUUACUUAUAAACACAACACAAUCUAGACAAUUAAGUACGAAACAAAGAUAUUGUAAAAAAAAAACACAAAUACAACAAACACCAAGUGCAAAAAGUUUUAAACUUCAGUAUAUGAAAAAAGUUUCGGCCUUAAAUAAAAAAAAAAUCUGUACAUUCAAUGCUUUAAACUGUUAACAAUUGGAAAAGAAAAUUAAAAGUAUUCUAAACUAUUUUUAUGACAAAACAAAAAAAUCUAUGAGAAAGAAAUCGUAUAAAAUGUAGUAAUGAUGUAAAUUUAUGAAAGCAAAAAAAAAUCGUAAUUUUUUUUCAAAUAUUGCUUAGAGUAGAUGUAAAUGAAAUGAAAG